AUGAGGCGUCUCAAUCGCAAGAAGACGCUGAGUCUGGUAAAAGAGCUGGAUGCUUUCCCCAAGGUGCCAGAGAGCUACGUUGAGACUUCAGCAAGCAGGGGGACCGGUGAGGGGGAGGAGAGCAUAGCAAUGGGAUGAAUAAUUGGGGUGCAAGCAUUAUAAGAGAUGGACAGAUUCUAACUUUUGAGAGUGUAAAGGGUAGUUUAAAGGCCCUAUUUGGGAUUGAAUUGAUCCUUUCUUUUGUUCUAAUGCAUUACAUACAUAAUGCAUUAAACCGACACAUGCAAAAAUAACUUUAAAAUAAAAAAAAUCUUACUUUUUUCCUGCAUAUCUUGUAACUCUCCAGGGUUACUGGUUUAAGUAGUGAGUUGUGCCAAGACCAGGAAAUGUUUCAGCCAAUCAUCAUGCCUUCUUAAAGCGGCACUGCCUUGGCCGCAUCCGUUUGUUUUUUGUUUGUUUUUUUAAAAACCCUCCCACCUCUAAUACAUCUAAUAAGCUUCCCUGGUCGCUCCAUAUUACCUAUAUUUAAUGUUUAUUUUCUGCCCGGACCUAGGUCCUGGGCGCCACCAUCUUUGUGUGGGUAGACUAACUCCCUGUGAGACACGUCAUCUGCCCACACUAGAUAGCGCUGUGAAAUUCCCGCGCAUGCCAGGUUCGGCAUUCAGACGGGAAUUUCGACCAUUCGUCAAAAAGACAAAAUAAAUGAAUAGAAAUUUCAAACGAACAAAGACCGAAUGUCGGUGUUUGUUCAUUUAUUACAAGGAGGGAGCUGCCGGCUCGUGGCUCCCUCCUGGUAAUAUGUAAAAAUUGAAGCAUCAGGGAGCUGUGCUCCCCGCCACUGCCUAACCCCCCACAUGUCCUCCCUCACUCUAUGGGGGUCAAUAUGACCCUCAUAAUAGCAUAAGGGAGAUUAAAAUCUCCUGAAUGCCCCUAUUCGCUGUGCUGCGAGUAGUGGCAUGUCACCUACACAGUGAGCAGCCUUAGGCUGCUCACUGUUGUGAACCCCCCCGUCUGAUAAAAAAGCCCCCCCCCCCCACUUAUCUAUUAACUAGCGGAGGGGACAUAGUGUCACCCCCGAGCCCCCACCUGUGCGCCGCGAGUGCGGGCUAUGUCCUACAGGUGGGGACCCUAAAUGACAAUGACCGGGGACCUAUUUUACCAGUCCCCCACCAAUGAGCGGCAGGUGGGGGCCCUAAAUGGCAAGGGGGUGGGGGAUAGGCUGUAUAAAAUGACUCGAAACAUUCUGAUUGAUUGAAUUCCAAGUCAACCAAUCAGAGUGUUAUGAGUCAAAUUACACAGUGUAGGAAAAUGCCAAAGAACCUUCCCACGCUGUGUAAAAUUACUCAGAGCACUCUGGAUUUAAAGCCAACCUAUAAGAGUGCUCUGAUAGGUAAAUAGUGAGCCAAUCAGGUAAGGCUCACUAUUUAACUAUCAGAGCGCUCUUUUUGGUUGGAUUAAACCAACCAAUCAGUGCCCUCUGAGUCAAAUUGAAGGGUGUGGGAAGGCUUUAUAAGCCUUUCCUCACCCUGCGAAGCUCAGUCUGCGCGGUUCCCUCGCAGGGUGAACAUGGAUUUUUUAAAAAAAAAAAAAUUUCCUGCUGAUUUUGUAUUUUUUUUUUUUUUUGCGUUCUGGACGUGGUUUAUAUUAAAAAAAAAAUAAAUAAAAAAAAAUAAAAGUGCCACACAAUAUAGGCGAUAAACAGGAAGGUGCGUCCAACCCCACUGUGAAAUCAAUCACCUAAUUCCACCAUACAAUCUUUGAACAUAGAAAACAUAUAGUGGGUGGAGCACACCGUGGAAAAAAUACCAACUAUACACAGUGAAAUGGUGAGUAUAGGGUGGUAUAAAUACCCUUAUGUAUAUUCUUUAUCAGAUACAGCUGUAAUAAAUGGUGGCUGACAUAGGGUAAUAUAGUUUGAUCAAUAUAUAAAGUAAAAUUCAAAGUUAAAAAGACGUCAAUUUAUUUAAAAAAUACAUAAAAGUUCUUACAUCAAAAUAAGGUGCCUUCAGCAAAGAAUAUAUCACAUGGAGUCCACACACAACGCGUUUCAACUUAAGUCUUCCUCAGGUGUAUAGGAUUCCCCUCCUUUCCACUGUUUAUAUAUUCGAAUUUGGUGCCAUCUUGGCAGUAUAGCUCUGCCCCCCUGGAUGCAUUGUGUGAGGACUUCCAGCGUCAAUUAGGUGACCGAAAGUUCCUCUAAUGGCUGUCUGAUAGUUAUUCCACAAAGCUAAUUAUUGCAGUUUAUUAACAAAAAAACCUGCAAUAAUUAGUUUUGCAGGGUUAAGGGACCUGGGACUAUGCACCCAGGCCACUUCAAUGAGCUGAAGUGGUCUGGGUGCCUAUAGUGUUCUUUUAAGAAAUAACUAGCACCCUCUAUAGCUAACUUUUAGUCUUGGAAAAUUCUCACGUGUGAUAGUUCCGCUUUAAAAUUUUAGGGAUCAGAAGAAUUGCACAUUAUAGGCCAUAAUAGCUGAAUUUGAAAAUAUCUUCAUUUUUUUUCAAUUACUUUUUUCUAUUUUUUAGUUUGGUCAUUUUAAUCUAAAAAUGACAAAUUCCUUGUCAAGUCUCUAGAAUUCCUACUUUAGUAAUAAACCCCUCUUUAUUCCACUUGUUUUUAGUAACUAUAUUUAAUUUUAAUCUCUAUUUUAUUGUAAGGGUAUUUGUUUACUUGGUGGUUUAUAUGUCCAUUAGCCUGAUUUGAGUUUAUGUAUUGCAUAGUCUACGGUCAGUUGCAAUCUUACAUACAUAGUUAUAAUCUUUAAUUUAUUUUCUUUCUAAUUUCCCUGACACUUAAAUGUCCCUUUUUUUUUCUUUUUCUUUAUUUGCUUAUUCCUCAUUCAUUCAGUGAUUUCAUUUAUGUUCUUCCUUUAAGUAUUUCUCCUCCUUCAUUCACUCUCUUUAUUUAGUGUCCCUGCUUGCAUUCUCUGCUAUGGCUCUACUCACUAUUAUGGAAUUUCUGGUUUAUCGUGACACAUGGAUGAAAUAUGAAUAUGAAGUUGACAAAGAUUUUUCAAGGUACAUUCAUUCAAACGAUUUUUAGCACUGCAAAACUUGGGAAACUAUUUUUAUUGAAACUUAAAUGUAUCCAUCUCGGUUUUUUUUUCGAUUUGCAUGCUUGCUAAAUAUUUUUUUUUUUCCUUCUGUAACUGUCUGAAGCAUAAAAAAUAUAGUGCAAUGGUCAUCUGUUCUAGGAAAGUGACUUUAUUCUUGAUAUUGCUCGAUAAUCCUAAAAUAUCUGCAACAAUUAUAUUACAAUUAUAGAAUUGAUAAUACAUAAUGACAUACAAACUGUUAACAGAAACUAGAGGUCCUGAUUAAGCAUCCUCACAGUAUUCUGUUUCUGUGAUGAAAGAGAAGUUACAUCUACAGAUAGCAUGAUUGGUGAAGAGCAUGUUCCAGGCAGUACUGAAAGAUCCUGGUGUCAAGUAGAUGCAACCAAAUCUGUAAAAGUUUUGAGACAGAAGAAUAUUUUGAGUUAAGCACAGAAAAGUUACAAGCGCACACAACGUUGACUUGGCCAAAAUAAAGGGACAUUAUUGGCACCCAGACCACUUAAGCUCAUUGAAGUGGUCUUCUGUGCAUAGUCCGAGCACCCUUAACACUGCAAAGGUAAUUAUUGCAGUUUUAGUCGGCUAACUGACGCUGGACGUCCUCACGCUAUGCAUGAGUACUUCUAGCGUCACCAGAAUUGUGAUGUGAGCAUUGGGUCUCCCAAUGCCGGCUAAUGUUGUCAGGGAAGGAGCGUAGCAGGCCCGAGCCAGGGACGGACGCACGCACACGAUAAUAACCUACAAGAUCCAGCAUACUCACUCGUCUACAAAACAACAAUUUCAAAGCACACAGAAUGUGUUGUUUUUUUUGUAUGUGUGUUUUUGCUCUUGGAAAAAAAACAUAACCUUCGCAAAAAUAACAGGGGUUCAGUUACAGUAUACAUCUAUAAAAAUAUAUUUAAUGAAUCAUGUAUCUUAUAAAAAAUGGGUGCAAAUGCCAUUCAUGAUGAGCUAAGGUGCAUAGUGUUCACAUCCGUAUUGUCGGGGUUUGUGAAUGUGUUGUAAGUGCUGUUCUUUUGUCUUGCAGCAAAUUAAGACUAAACAUUGAUAUCACAGUGGCAAUGCGAUGUCAGUGUAAGUAUGUUGUUUUCCCAGCAGAAUGUAACUUUGAUGGUUCAUUAAUUGCACUGUGUGUUUAAUAAACCCUUACUCUCCACAGAUAUUGGUGCUGAUGUGUUGGAUUUGGCUGAGACUAUGAUAACAUCAGCGGAGGGCCUUGUGUAUGAGCCGGUAAGAAUUUAUUAACAGUGGCGUUCGUUAGAGCUGGAGAAGUUUAUAUAGAUGGAUCACAGCGUAUAUAUUUAUAGAGUUGCUAACCCACCAGUGUGUCACAUUGAGUCUUUAUGUGGACAAUUGUAGUUUAGUAUUCAUAAGAAAUGUACUUAUAGAAUAUUUACAAAAAAGGUGUCCUGAGUCCUGUAUUCAAUACAACUAAAGGUACAUUUUUAUACAUACAAUGGUAAUAUACAAUUAAAAAAAAUUGAAAUUAAUGUAUGCAGAUGUUUUAAAAGACUAAUGAUUGGUGGCAGAUAUGUUCUCUAGAAGGUAUUUCCGUUGAUGUGAAGCUCUACAGAAGAAAGCUGCUUGGCUGAUGUUUUUGAGGAGAUGAAUGAAAAAUAAUGAGCAGAAAGUGGAAUGGGGGCAUAUGAGUGGAGGCUAGAGUUAAAUACUCUGUGCACCAUUAAUUGGCACGGUUAUAACUAACCUGAAAUACUGUCUUUUUCACACAUCAGUUGGCUUGGACAUAUAAAUACAUUCAAAAUGAAUAUAUAAUGGUGCUCAAAAGUUUGCAUACCCUGGCAGAAAUUGUGAAAUUUUGGCAUUUAUUUUGAAAAUGUGACUGAUCAUGAAAAGAAACGUGUUUUAUUGCAGGAUAGUGAUUAUAUGAAUCUACACUGCUCAAAAAAAUAAAGGGAACACAAAAAUAACACAUCCAGGAUCUGAAUGGAUUAAAUAUUCUUCUGAAAUACUUUGUUCUUUACAUAGUUGAAUGUGCUUACAACAAAAUCACACAAAUUAAAAAAUGAAAAUCACAUUUUUCAACCCAUGGAGGUCUGGAUUUGGAGUCACACUCAAAAUGAAAGUGGAAAAACACACUACAGGCUGAUCCAACUUUGAUGUAAUGUCCUUAAAACAAGUCAAAAUGAGUGUGUGGCCUCCACUUGCCUGUAUGACCUCCCACGCCUGUGCAUGCUCCUGAUGAGAUGGCGGAUGAUCUCCUGAGGGAUCUCCUCCCAGACCUGGAGUUAAGCAUCUGCCAACUCCUGGACAGUUUGUGGUGCAACGUGACAUUGGUGGAUGGAGCGAGACAUGAUGUCUCAGAUGUGCUUAAUUGGAUUCAGGUCUGGGGAAUGGGCGGCCAGUCCAUAGCAUCAAUGCCUUCGUCUGCUAACACACUCCAGCCACAUGAGGUCUAGCAUUGUCUUGCAUUAGGAGGAACCCAGGGCCAACCGCACCAGCAUAUGGUCUCACAAGGGGUCUGAGGAUCUCAUCUCAGUACCUAAUGGCAGUCAGGCUACCUCUGGCGAGCACAUGGAAGGCUGUGCGGCCCGCCCCAAAGAAAUGCCACCAAACACCAUUACUGACCCACUGCCAAACCGGUCAUGCUGGAGGAUGUUGCAGGCAGCAGAAUGUUCUCCACGGCGUCUCCAGACUCUGUCACGUCUGUCACAUGUGCUCAGUGUGAACCUGCUUUCAUCUGUGAAGAGCACAGGGCGCCAGUGGCGAAUUUGCCAAUCUUGGUGUUCUCUGGCAAAUGCCAAAUGUCCUGCACAGUGUUGGGCUGUAAGCACAACACCCACCUGUGGACGUCGGGCCCUCAUACCACCCUCAUGGAGUUUGUUUUUGAGCAGACUAAUGCACAUUUGUGGCCUGCUGGAGGUAAUUUUGCAGGGCUCUGGCAGUGCUCCUCCUGUUCCUCCUUGCACAAAGGCGGAGGUUGCGGUCCUGCUGCUGGGUUGUUGCCCUCCUACGGCCUCCUCCACGUCUCCUGAUGUACUGGCCUGUCUCCCGGUAGCGCCUCCAUGCUCUGGACACUAUGCUGACAGACACAGCAAACCUUCUUGCGAUGGCUCACAUUGAUGUGCCAUCCUGGAUGAGCUGCACUACAUGAGCCACUUGUGUGGGUUGUAGACUCAGUCUCAUGCUACCACUAGAGUGAAAGUACCGCCAGCAUUCAAAAAUGACCAAAACAUCAGCCAGGAAGCAUAGGAACUGAGAAGUGGUCUGUGGUCACCACCUGCAGAACCACACCUUUAUUGGGGGUGUCUUGCUAAUUGCCUAUAAUUUCCACCUGUUGUCUAUCCCAUUUGCACAACAGCAUGUGAAAUUGAUUGUCACUCAGUGUUGCUUCCUAAGUGGACAGUUUGAUUUCACAGAAGUGUGAUUGACUUGGAGUUACAUUGUGUUGUUUAAGUGUUCCCUUUAUUUUUUUGAGCAGUGUAUUUAUGAUGGCACGGUUGUUUGGCUCUUUUUUAAAAAUCAUAAUAACCGAAAUCGCCCAAAUGGCGCUGAUCAAAAGUUUACAUACCCUUGAAUAUUUGACCUUGUUACAGACACACAAGGUGACACACACAGGUUAAAAUGGCAAUUAAAGGUUCAUUUCCCACACCUGUUGCUUUUUAAAUUGCAAUUAGUGUCUGUGUAUAAAUAGUUAAUGAGUUUGUUAGCUCUUACUUGGAUGCACUGAGCAUGCUUGAUACUGACCCAUGGGGAGCAGUAAAGAACUGUCAAAAGACGUGCGUAACAUGGUAAUGGAACUUGGAAAAGGAUAUCCAAAGCUUGAAAAUGCCAAUAACUACUGUUCAAUUACUUAUUAGGAUCUGGAAAAUUCUGGAAUCUCUUGAUAUCAAGCCAUGGUCAGGUAUACCAAGAAAGAUUUCAAACACAACUGCCAGUAAUAUUGUUCAGGAUACAAAGAAAAACCCACAGGUAACAUCAGUAGAAAUACAUACUGCUCUAGAAAAAGACACUGUGGUUGUUUCAAGGAGUACAAUACAACUAUACUUGAAAAAAAUUAGCUGUAUUGUCGAGUUGCUAAAAAAAGCCUAGACUGCGCCAAUGCCACAGAAAAGCCAGGUUAGAAUAUGCCUGAAAACACGGACACACCUCACAACUACUGGCACACUGUAAUUUGGAGUGACGAGACCAAAAUAGAGCUUUACGGUCACAACUAUAAGAGCUAUGUUUGGAGGUGGAUCGACCAGGCCUAUAGUGAAAAAUAAAUCUACUGUGAGGCAUGGCGGUGGCUCACUGAUGUUUUUGCAUAACAAUGACCCUAAGCACAAGGCCAAGUUGACUUUACAGUGGUUACAGAAGAAAAAAGUGAAGGUUAUGGAGCGGCUAUCACAGUCUCCUGACCUUAAUAUCAUCAAGCCACUCUAGAUUCCCCCAUCGCUGUGACCUGAAAUAAAAGGUUUUAACCCUUUCAUGACUGGGGUGGAGGCGAGUGCAGAGACACUAUAGUGUUAUACAGUGGCAUACAGUUUUAUACUGGAAGUGGAAAAUUCGGAAAUCUCUUGAUAUCAAGCCAAGGUCAGGUAGACCAAGAAAGAUUUUAGCCACAACUGCCAGAAGAAUUAUUCGGGAUACAAAGAAAAUCCCCAGGUAACCUCAAGAGAAAUACAGGCUGCUCUGGGGGAAAAAACGGUGUGGUUGUUUCAAGGAGCAAAAUACGACUAUACUUGAACAAAAAUGAGCUGCAUACUAGAGUUGCCAGAAAGAAGCCUUUACUGAGCCAAUGCUACGAAGAAGCUCGGUUUCAAUAUGCCCGGCAACACCUUGACACGUCUCACAGCUUCUGGCACACUGUAAUUUGUUGUGACGAGUCCUAAAUAGAGCUUUAUGAUCACAACUAUAAGAAAGCAUUGAUUAAUUGCUUUCCUAUGAGGAAGCUCUGAUGCGUGUGCUCCAUUCGCUGCACAUGCACAUUAGAUUCCCACAUCACAAUGACAAGAAAGAAAACGUUUUAACCCUUUCAUGACUGGGUUGAAGGUGGUUGCAGAGCCAACGAUACACUAUAGUGUUAGGCAUACAGUUUUAUAUUCCUAACAUUAUAGUGUUCCUUUAAAACUACUAUAGCAAUCUUUCAGUGUCUGGAAUGCUAAUGUAAAGACUGUGAGUCCAUUCAUUCCUUCCCUCUCACUGACAGAAGGAAUGAUAUGACCCAUUGAAACUUUGUAUAGUGUUUGGAAACAAGGGGUUAGCUUAGAUUUUCAUCCAGGCAUUAUUUCCUUGACUAGAGGCUUCUGGCAGAGAAAUGCAUACCUCUACAGGCUGGUAAUCAUUACUUGAUUAUAAAUGAGGGAGUGAGGCUUUAUGGACCCUCAUUCUGUAUAAUUCAUGAAAAAAUAAAAAUGUUUAUAUGCUGGUAGAGAAGCGGUUACUUAUAACUGGAGAAAGCCUGAUUUAAGUAGAAUGUAAGGAUGGUCAGUGCAUUUUCUCUCCACCAACACGAGUGGUUGUUAAAUAAUAAACUUGUACUGUUUAGUAACACAGCAGUGGCCAACUUUACAGGACCAAAUACAAAAAGAGGGACAUGUACUAUAUUGUAAAAUGGACAAAAUUGUCAUCCAAUUCCAGUCCAUGGAUUUAGAGUGCAACACUUGUUACAUUGCUAGAAUCAUCCCACAUGUAGAUUAAUGCCUAAUCUCACCUAGUGUCUGACACUUGUUUCUUGUUUUUUCUGCAGGUGACGUUUGACCUCUCCCCUCAGCAAAGGGAGUGGCAAAGGUAAGACGAAAGGAACACCAGUGUGGGCAAAUAAACAGUCUCUAUUCUGUUGCCAUUUCAACAGUGUGCAUUUUUUUUCUCAGGAUGUUGCAACAAAUCCAGAACCGUUUGCAGGAAGAGUUGUCUCUGCAGGACCUCUUGUUCAAAAGUGCAAUGAAGAGUUCUGUCACUGCUUUGCCUCCCAGGUGAGAGUGCAUCAUAAUUACAAUGGAGAAUCUUCUCAUAUGCUGUUGACAUAUUGUAACAAAGUGUUGGAUGACAUAUCCAGUGCAUAUAUUAAAUGUCAGAUAGGUAGCCUGUCUAUCCAACAUCUAAACCUGAGAAUUAGAUUCCCUGCUUGGCUAACACAUAAACCUGGUGAUUAGAUGACCUCACAACGAACAUCUAAACCAGAUGCUAGAGGAACUCCCUUACAGACAGGUUGGGGCUUGAGGAUCUCUGAAACAUUUUUGUAAACCUGGGGCUGGAUGACCCCUCCAAUAGAUAUUUAAACUGGAACUGAUUGACCACCCCAAAAGAGAAGAUCUAACUUUUGGUUUAAGUAAGAUUCCCAUUCUGCAGGGACUAUAUACGUUUUGUUCUAGCAGUAUCCAGUAAGUCCUGGGUUCACAGUUAAAGGAAAACUCCUCCCAUUCCUUUGAUUCCUGUAUUAGUCCUCUUAGCCAACAUUUAAUGCAUAAAGAACCUAUAAAAACAAAAAAGGUGAAGGAUAUGAUCACCCCGUAAAGAAAACGGGCUGGUCACCUUCAAGCCACCCCAAAAUGACAUCUCAAGAAAAAUAAUAAACAACUUUUAUUGGAAAACUAGAGAACAAACCGAGUUCUAAAAAUAAAUGGAUACAAAGGGCCUGGUUUCUGCAGAGAUAUAACUACGCACACAUGUAUCAAUUUCUACACAGUGUAGCAGACUCACUCAUAAUAGAGUAGUAGCUAAGAUACAUGUAGCAAUAUAUAGUAAAUGGUGCCUUUUUCAAGGGCAAACAAAAAAAUAAUAAAGUAAACCGCAUACAAUUUCCCCCCCAGAACUAUUUAAAUGUCUUCCCGUACCUCCCAUCUGAUGUAAUUGGUUGUAGCUUGACCAUACGUAAAUCCGUAUCGAGAGGGGGAGAUGGAAGUAACUGCGCAUGUCAGAGGAACCUUGCGCAUGCGCGUCCAACAGACUCCAAAGUUAGUGCGCAUGUCAGAAGAGUAGUAAUUAACGCGCAUGUCCGCUCACCGGCGGACACGCAUGCGCGAAGACUUCCUGCAUAUCUAAAAGGAUAUCAAAAAACGCCUUAAUAGUGCGCAUGUCCGCAGCCUAAUGGCCGCGCAUGCGCGAAAACUUAGACACGGAAUAAAUCGCAUAUAUAGACGUAUCUCAAUUCAAUUAUAAAGAGGGAAAAUACCUCUUUAUAGUUGGUAACUGCUAAAAUAAUUAGGCUAAAAGCCCUAUAUGGGGAAGUAAAUGAUAGAAGAAGUUAUUAUAGAGGGCAGAAUGAAGAAACGGAAAAUAAUAAAUAAAUCCACGUUAAUGAUUGAACUAAAGUCACAUUAUCUAACCAAACACAUAUAUAUUUUAUUUAAAGAGACUAAAAAGAAUGGUAUAGAUCAGACCGUUCCAACAAAGGCUGGAUGUAUAAGAACAAAUAAAGAACAAAAAAUAAUAGUAAGGAGUAACUAUGCAAAAAAAGCAACAAGACAAAGUAAUGCAAGGAUAUAUAUAUAUAUAUAUAUAUAUAUAUAUAUAUAUAUAUAUAUAUAUACAUAUAUAUAUAUAUACACACACACACACACACACACACACACACACACACACACACACACACACACACACACACACACACACACACACACACACACACACACACACACACACACACACACACACACACACACACACACACACACACACACACACACACACACCCCCUAUACAAAUGUGGUCAUAAUUUACAAGUUUAGUUACAGAAGAGAAAAAAACGUGAAAAGGGGAUAUAAAUCCCUACGUAUAUAUACACAAGUAGUCUUAUUUAUGCCUCUAUCCAUAUAUACAAAUGUAUUUACUUACUUACAAGUUCAGUUUAGAUGUAUGGAUAUAAGCAUAAUAUAAAGACCCGUAUAUAUAAAUAAAUAAAGACGGAAACCGAUUAAAUGAACAGGGCAAAGGAAAACCCCUCAUUCAAACCUAAAGGUUGAAGGGUCUUAAGUUCAUAUAUCCAUCUGGACACCCUUUGUCUUAAAAUUUUAUCUCAGUCUCCACGUCUCGGGGUCCUUUUAACCAGCUCUAAGCCACAGAACCUAAGGUUACUGGGAUCCCCCUGGUGGUGUUCUCUCAAGUGUCUCGAGAUAGGAGUCUCGAGGCGAUUCCUAGGGGAUCUCACAUGCUCCAUAAUCCUGUCUUUAAAAGCCCUAAAGGUCUUCCCUACAUAUUUCUGUCCACACAUACAUGAUAGUAGGUAUACGAGGCCCUUGGUGUUACAAUUAAAGAAACUUUUAAUUUUAAAGGAGCCCUGUCCCUUGCUAUCAUUCACAAUUUUAGAACCUUUCAGGAUGAACUUACAGGCUACGCAUCUACCACACCCAUAUGUGCCUGUCGGAGGAGUACCCAACCAAGUGGCACGUGGUUUUGGUUUAGUGGAGAAGUGACUGGGGACCAAAAAGUCUUGAAUAUUCCGUCCACGUCUAGCUGUAAUAUUGACAUGUGGACUUAAAGUAUCCCUGAGAUGUACAUCAUUCAAAAGGAUAGGCCAGAAUUUUCCCUUUUUUAUAAUUGAAUUGAGAUACGUCUAUAUAUGCGAUUUAUUCCGUGUCUAAGUUUUCGCUCAUGCGCGUCCAUUAGGCUGUGGACAUGCGCACUAUUAAGGCGUUUUUUGAUAUUAUCCUUUUAGAUAUGCAGGAAGUCUUCGCGCAUGCGUGUCCGCCGGUGAGCGGACAUGCGCGUUAAUUACUACUCUUCUGACAUGCGCACUAACUUUGGAGUCUGUUGGACGCGCAUGCGCGAGGUUCCUCUGACAUGCGCAGUUACUUCCAUCUCCCCCUCUCGAUACGGAUUUACGUAUGGACAAGCUACAACCAAUUACAUCAGAUGGGAGGAAUGGGAAGACAUUUAAAUAGUUCUAGGGGGGGGAAAUUGUAUGCGGUUUACUUUAUUUAUUUAUUUUUUUGCCCUUGAAAAAGGCGGUUAGACCGCCGAAACGCGCGUUGGGCUGUCCAUGUUUCAUUUAGAUUAACCCCAGUGUUUCUGGAUUACAGGGUGUUACACCAAUGUUUGAGCUAUCUUGUUGCUCUGGACACUUGUAUUAAGGUGGUGGGGCUUAGUGAGCUACUUGUGGGUAGAUACAACCUUCAACUACUGUUGUAUUACGUUUGACAGGUUAAUUUCACUUUAUUUUUCAUUCUCACUUUAUUACCUCCUCUAUCCUUUCGAUUUCUAUACCAGAGUGUUAACCCUGUGGGGUCUGGUGCAUGACACCAUUUACUACAUAUUGCUACAUGUAUCUUAGCUACUACUCUGUUAUGAGUGAGUCUGCUACACUGUGUAGAGAUUGAUACAUGUGUGUGUAGUUAUAUCUCUGCAGAAACCAGGCCCUUUGUAUCCAUUUAUUUUUAGAACUCUGUUUGUUCUCUAGUUUUCCAAUAAAAGUUGUUUAUUAUUUUUCUUGAGAAGUCAUUUUGGGGUGGCUUGAAGGUGACCAGCCCGUUUUCUUUACGGGUGAUCAUAUCCUUCACCUUUUUUCUUUUGUGCUCUAUGCAGGGUUAUGCCCUUUUUGCCACCCCACUAACCCUCCCUUUCUGGUACUCCCUAUUAGGUUGUUUACCUGGGAAGUACUUUUUUCUAUAAACCUAUAAAAACAGUAAUGAACAAUCUGCCACAUAUGGGAAAAAGCAGGAUACUGAAUUACUGUCCUCUGCUUUUUUUUGUUUUGUUAGGGAUGACACCCCUACAGAGCCACCCAACGCCUGCAGGAUUCAUGGUCAUCUUGAAAUCAAUAAGGUGGCUGGAAACUUUCACAUCACUGUGGGCAAGUAUGUUAUUCUCUAAGGGGUUGCUGCUAUUUAUAAAUCUAUUGUUUAUGGUGGGAAUGUUUUUAAGUAUUCCUAAUGGGAUUAUUUUAACUAUUUGCAUAUUAGACCAAGUCGUUUUUAAAUAUGUCAUAUUGGUGUAAAAAGGAGUAGUGUUGUACCACAGCUGAGUACAAGUAUGUUAUGUGUGGUUUCAUACACAUCUGUAAACAUAUGUAAAUUUAUUUUAACUAGGGUGAUUUUCUUUCUUUGUGCAUACUUAUUUAGCGGUUUGUUUUGUAGUUUUAUUUUUUUUAAUUUUAUUUUCAGUCUGUGUAUCUCUCAGCACUCAAAACCUUUUUCAAUAGUCCUUUUUAAGUGGAAACUUUUGUUUAGUUUUUUUUCAUCUUUUUGGUGAGUUAAAAUUGUUUGAAAACUCAAAAUGGCACUUUAUGGGGACACUACAGUGACCAAAAUAACUUAAAUUACUGAAGCAGUUUGUGUGUAUAGAUCAUGCCCUUGCAGUCUUACUGCUCAAUUCAAUUUUGUUUCUGUUUAUAUAGCUCUAGCCACACCUCCCCUCCCUGUGACUGACACAGCCUACAUGAAAACAAUAUGGUUUAAUUUUCAAUCAGAUGUAAAUUGCUUUAAAAUGUUUUAUCUCCUGCUCUGUAAAUUAAACUUAGUUUACAUCCAGGAGGCUCCUGCAAGGUCUAGCAAACUAUGUACAGUGCAGCAGAUUAGAAAUGAUAAAUAAUUUAAAAUAAAUAAUUUGCAAUAAAGGAAGUGUAAACAUUAGAUGACUCUUUACAGGAAGUAUUUGUGCAAGUCACAUGCAGAGUUGUGUACCUAGGCUGCAUAAACAAAGUGCUUUAACUUGUAAAUGGCAGAUAAUUGAGCAGUGCGACUGCAGGGACAUGAUCAAAACAACUUCAUUAAGCUAAAGUUGUUUUUGUGACUGUAGUGUCCCUUCAAUACAUAGUUAAGUUUUAUUUUUAUUGCUCUAUGGCAGCGGUUCUUCACCUUAUUAGUCUCAGACCUUCCCUGAAAGUAAACUUAAAAUUCACACAUCCCUUCCUUUCCAAAAAGAAAUUAAUAAUGGAUAAUUGACCUGAAAAUGUUAUUUUCAUAAUACAUUAUUAAUUUGUGUGCUUAAAAAAUUAUUUUUAUAAUAUACAUUUUUGCAAAUAAAAACACUGCAGCUUAUCAAUUCCAUCAUGGCCAAGGUAACAUGUGAACCCACAUUUAACUUAUUCGUGACUGUUCCGUUUUUUUUUCCCCCAUGUUAUCGUAGGGCACAGAAUUGUAAUAUAUACUCAUCUAGCAGCAGAGUUAAUAAUGGAACAGCUAGCAUUGGAAAGGAAAGACAAACUGUUAACUAAGCUAGCAAUAAUUAAAAUAGUCUUGGAAAAAUCCAUUGUUGCAAUCAAUUAGACUGUGCUUUACUAUAUAACAAUGACAGUCGCCAAGUACAUAAUUAUCGUGUGACUGCUCUUCUAGUGUUCUUGCAAUUCUUGUAAGAAAGUAUUGUAUGAGUCAAUUCCAGUACAGGGGUUUGGUACAAGAUUAAACUAUACAGAAGGCUAUUCUUCAUUUUACCAAACACAACUGCACACAAUAACAGCAGUCUACGUUUAACCGAACACUCUUGAUUAUAUGAUUUUUGAUUUUCAGGAUGCCUCUGAAAUUUACAAAUUUAUAAAACACAUUUAUAAAAGUGCUAAUGAGGAAUGUCACACUUCCCCACUAACACCUUUACACCUUCCUAGGAAGUACCCCUCACAGGUUAAGAACGCCUGCUCUAUGUCUUUUAUUUUUUUAUUUUUUAGAUACACCUCCAAUUAAAACAUGCAUACAUUUAAGUUGCAAAUCUCUUGUCUGAAGCCUCUGCAAGCAUCAUAAUUACCAGCUUAGGACUUUCUGUGGCUGUCCAAUCAGACUUCCCAAUGCUGCUCAUAAAAAGUAUUUGCAAGACAGGUGCUCUGAGCAAUUAUUGAGUUUGGAUCCACUGAGAUCAACUAGCAGGAUAUAACAGGACCAGUUGUCUGACAGCCAGGGGGUGUAACACUGUUAAUUUAUGAAAGUGCCAAUUUCUUUUGAAAUGUCUCCAACGUGGCUGUUCCAUAAACAUAUAUAGUCUGGGCUAUUGAUUGUUCUGACCUUGUUUGGUCUUCCCCGUUCCUCAAGUCUUUGAGGGUAUGUAGAAGGACUAAUAAAACUUGUUUAAUUCCUUCAGUACUAAUUUAAAAUUAAGAUAACAAAGGUCGGCAAACUAUAGUCAUGCAGGUGCCUAGUAAAUGUAAUCCAAUCACAUUUGCUCUGUUAUGUUUUUUUUUGUUUUUUUUUUAAUAUAUUAUCUAAUACUGCAUUUUCAUUACUCUUAUAGAGCCAUUCCCCACCCAAGGGGUCACGCGCAUCUUGCAGCUCUUGUGAGCCACGAUAGUAAGUGGGAAACUUUUGUUCAUUAUUGCUCUCCCUGUCAAAGCAAAUACAUUUUUAUAAAUUGUUUUCCAGGAUUAAAUGCAAAAUUCCUCCCACUUUAAACCUGGCCGGUUUUGUAUUCCCAUUUAUUUAUCCAGACUAUAUUCACUCCAAGGACAGUGGGAAUUUGUCUAGUGUUACUAUCAAAAUGAAACCUGUAGGGUUGGACUUUAGCUGUGAAGGAUUAAAUACUACUCUGCAUGAAAACCAGACUUUGUUUUUCAUUUUUGUAUUUUAUUCAAGAGUGGAAAUUAUUAAAAUGGAGGUGGCCCCAUCAGUGUCUGUGCAUGCAUGUGCCUAAAAUAUCUUAAAUAUUUUCUUUAAUUUUUCCCCCCCAUUAAUGCAUGGUUUAAUUGGCCUCUUCCAUCACGUAACACUUCAUGGACUGUUCACAUAUAAUUUGUCUUAAUCCACAGGCUACAACUUCUCCCAUCGUAUUGAUCACUUUUCAUUUGGAGAACUCUUGCCUGGGAUUAUCAAUCCUUUGGAUGGAACUGAAAAAAUAGCCAUGGACAGUGAGUAUAACCACAUAUAGCCUGCCACCCGUAAUUGUUGCCAGAUGCUUGACUUUUGAUUUUAUACUACCUUUCUCACCCACCAACUUAUAUAUUAUGUGAUCUCUUAAAUGCAUUGCGCCUUUUUUUUUAAAUUUUUGUUUUUUUUUGCCAACGUUCUUCUUUAUGUGUAGCAUUAUCAAUCUGGUUGGCUGACAUGUUCCUACCUUUUCAUUUUUGUUUUAUAUAUUUUUAACACCAUGCCUCAUAUUUCUUGCAGGUAACCAAAUGUAUCAGUAUUUUAUUACUAUUGUGCCAACAAAGCUAAACACAAGAAAAGUUUACUGUGACCACCAUCAGUUCUCUGUGACAGAAAGAGUAAGUUUUAGAAUGCCAAACCCUCAAAAGAUAUUAAACCACAAUCUUGUGCUACUUGUGUAGGUAGUAAUGUUCAUUGUAAUGUUUCUUUUUACAAAGUUAAAUGAAAGAUCUCCUUUAAGUUCUUGCAUUAUUUGAUUAAUGUUACCUUGUGUUUGUAACCAGGAGAGAGUGAUAAAUCAUGCCACUGGCAGCCAUGGUGUAUCUGGGAUUUUCAUGAAAUAUGACAUCAGUUCCCUGAUGGUGACAGUCACUGAAGAUCACAUUCCUCUGUGGAAGUUUCUAGUGAGACUCUGUGGUAUCAUUGGAGGAAUUUUCACCACUACAGGUGAGAGUGCGUGAGCUGCAGGUAUACACUUGUAUUUGUGUAUCUGUGAUUAGAGCUUGUCUUUGAGCUACAUUUUUAUCUUUUGGUGGCAGGGAUGAUUCAUGGAUUGGCUGAAUUCUUCAUAGAUCUUAUUUGCUGUCGUCUGAAGCUUGGAGUUUACAGACGUCAUGAAGUGAGUAUUGUUGUAUGAAUAUGGAUCACCAUCUACGUUAAUGGAUAAUCCAUAUUCCCACCAGCUAUUUCUGUAUCGCAAAAUCUCUGUUAUUCGAUCCUUUUCACUAAUCAAUUUACUCUUGUUUAUACCCCCACAUUUCCACUAGUAAUUAUUUAUUGAUACUUCAUUUUAGCAUUUAUUCAGUUCUUUCAUUUUCUACUUUGAAAUUUGUGUAAAAUUCAACUUCUUUCCUUUUUUUUUAUCUCCCUUGAUCACAGCUAUUGCUCAUCUUUGUUUUCUACUUCCAUGCUCUAGGACAGGGGUUCCCAAUUAAUUUUACCAGUGGAACCCUUGGACAUAGUGUUCUAACAUUGUGGAAAAACCCUUACCUUUUAUCUGCAGGAGAGUGACUUCCUUUAGUGCUGUUGGCUGAGGCACUGCUCAAUCUCCACUGCUCCCUCCAGCCGGCGUGCUCGGUCUGGGAAGAAGUGCUGUCACUUCCUCCUAGCAUCCCAUACUACAGGGGCCCUGUCACGAACCCCUGUUUAGCGAUACCCAUCUUGGGCCACCCAAUGGAAAAUCGCUGCACCCCAAUUUUGUACUCGCGGAAACCUAGGGUUUCCUCAUAACACCAAUUGGGAAACACUGUGCUAGUAUAAUUACCACUAAUACCCUCCUCUUAUUGUUUUUUUUUCCCCUUUCUACAGAAUAAUUACUGUUUGCUGCCCCUUUCAUUAUUGUCCCCUACUCCUCCUUAACAUUUUUUUUUUUUUUUUAAAUCCUUUAUUUUAUAACAACUUUGUUCAUUAUGUUAUGGUGGCAGGAGUGUCUUGGCACCAUCUUUCUGUCAAGGGUUAAACUAUUUUCGAAUGGUUUAACCCUGGAGUUGUUCCAUCCGCUCCUGUUAGCACUGCUUGCUUCAGUCUUCCAGCCACCAUACAGUCCAGAAAGGUUUGCCAGCUGACGCUCUUAACCUAGAACUUCUAAAUGUGAGAAAUAGUAUGUACUAUAUCUCGCAAUGGGCAGCCAUUGAUAGGCUGAGAGCGUCAGCUGACAAUCAUCCUAUCACUGGCUGCUAAGGAAAAUCUUCCUGGAGUGUACACCGGCCUGAAGAGGAGAAAGAGGAUGGGUAUCUGGGGACCCAACUUCGGAUUUAAACCAGUCAAAGCCUUUAUUACAACUUUACUGAAUUAAAGUUAUGGGGUCUGGAGUCAGGUGGCAAAGUUCUAUCAAAGUAACACUCCUGUGUGACUACAGCACAUAACUUAAUAUUAAAAGUUGCGGGUUUUGGAGUCACUGGGACUUCAUAAUCUUACAAGAUUAAGGCAAAUGGUUUAACCCCAAUUUGUCCCACCAGCACCCAAAACUGCCUACUGUCUCCUCCUCUGCCAUCACAGCAAUUAGUAAAGUUUGAUUUGGCGGAUGGUGAUAGGCUCGGUGUGUUUGUUCCGAUCAAUACCAAUGUAUACACUUGACCAAAACAACACCUUUAAUGUUUGCCAACAGGCAGCCACUUGAGGCAUUUCCUCAUUUUCAAAAUGUGAAGAUCUUCAUGUUCCAUGUAUUCACGGCACAGCAUACUGGUGCAGAAUACCUCCAAUGCUUCUUAGAGAAAACCAUUGAAUUCAAUGCUUCUAUAAGAAGCAUUUGAUUAGUGUUUCUCUCACGCUUCUAUGAGAAUAAGAUUGGACAAAAGUCAUCAUUGAUGACUUCACUGGAUAGGGAGCAGCUGCAUUGAGGAGACUGAUCUGGUGCUGGACUUCAGGUGAUAUAUAUGUUAUACGUUGUUACAUUAAAACCAAAUAUGGUAUUAAUUGUGUGUGUAUAUAAAAUACAUUAAUACCAUAUUUGUUUUUUUAUACAUUCUUUAGACUAUCCAUCUUUCUUUUUUACUUUUACAUUGGUAGCAAUAUGUCCUGCAGGAAGUUUCACCCCUACUUCAUAUGAGUGAAUUUCUCGAACUAUAUUCUUCUCAACACUGGGCACAUUAAUCUUCUUUUAUUUAAGACUUACCUUGCUAGUGCCACCUGUAUGGCAUACUUUAUGUGCUCUUGUCAUUUAUGAGUGUACCCCUACUUACAUUAACUCCUUAAGGACUGCGGAUGUACUAGGUACGUACGACAAAAACGGUCCUUAAAUACUAGGUACGUCCGCAGCAAAUAGAUAAAUAGAUCACUUACCCGAUCGCUGCCAUUCUCCCGCUGGCGUUCGGUGUUGCUACCAGUCUGGGGGGAGCCUGACAGCCCAGACAGUGCCCCCUCGGCAAAUUAGGCCCUCACAGGCCAUGUGAUCGCUCUUAAAGAGCGAUCACAUGGCUGCAAUAGGCAUCCAUAGUGCUGCCUGUAGGGGGGCUGUCAGGCAGUCUCCCUGCAUCUGUAAAAUAAAAAAAAGUUUUGUAACUUAAAAAAAAAAGGUGUGUGUGUGUGUAUAUAUUAUGUCAUACUAAUUGUAUUUUUGUAUUAUAUACAUAUAUUAAAAUAAAAAUACACUUGUAAUUAAAUUACACACGUGUGUGUGUGUAUAUAUAAUGUAAAAUGUAAAUAAAAAUAGAUAAAUGUCAAUUUUAUAUAUAUAUAUAUAUAUAUAUAUAUAUAAUAUAUAUAUAUAUAUAUAUAUCAUUUUUUUCUAACUUUAUUUUGAUAAUAUAUUUAUAUCAAAAUACACUUAGAGCAAAAUUAUAUCUAUAUGUAAAAAAUAAUAUGAAAUAUAUAUAUAUGUCCAUAUACAUAAUUACAUAAAUAAUUUCAUAAAUAUACACGUAGACUUCAAAUAUAUAAAGAUGUAUAUAUAUUUUCAUUCUAUGUGCAUAUUAAUGUAAUAUUUUAACAUAAUCAAGUAAUUUUAAUGAUUGCAAUUUGAGGGACCUGCCUGACAACCCAGGCCGAAGGUCCCUGAGAAUUUAAUUUGAUAGCACUGUAUUUAACCCUGUAACUUUACAUGACACCCUAAAACCUGUACAUGGGGGUACUGUUUUACUCGGGAAACUACGCUGAACACAAAUAUUAGUGUUUCAAAACAGUAAAACAUAUUACAGCGAUGAUAUUGUCAAUGAAAGUGACUUUUUUUUUGUUUUGUUUUGUUUUGUUUUAAAUUUCAUUUUUCACACACAAAUGGCACUUUCACUGAUGUUAUUGUUGUGAUACGUUUUACUGUUUUGAAACACUAAUAUUUGUGUUCAGAGAAGUCUCCCGGGUAUAACAGUACCCUCCCCUCCCCACCAUGUACAGGUUUUAUAGUGUUUUUGAAAGUUACAUGGUCAAAUAUAAGGCUUGAUUUUCUGUUUUUUCACAUUGAAAUUUGCCAGAUUGGCAAAGACAGAAUGUUGCCUUUGAGAGUGUAUGGUAGCCCAUGAAUGAGAAUUACCCCCAUGAUGGCAUACCAUUUGUAAAAGAAGACAACCCAAGGUAUUUUUAGUAGCCAUUUAGUCACAAACACUGGCCAAAGUUAGCGUUCAUAAUUGUUUUUUGCAUUUUUAACAUACAAACAAAUAUAAAUGCUAACUUUGGCCAGUGUUUGUGACUAAGUGGCUACUAAAAAAGACUGGACAUACCCCAUAUUAUAUACCCUGGGUUGUCUACUUUAAAAAAAAAAAAAAAAUGUAUGUGUGAUUCAGAGAAUUAUUACAGAUAAGUGUUACAAUGUCACUAUUGAUACAUUUAAAAAAUAUAUAUUUUGAAACUGCAAUGUCCUACUUGUACUUUUAGCCCUAUAACUUGCAAAAACAGCAAGUUAGAACAUAUUAAAAUUGGGUAUUUCUAAACUCAGGACAAAAUUUAGAAACUAUUGAGCACGGAUGUUUUUUGGCGGUUGUAGAUGUGUAACAGAUUUUGGGGGUCAAAGUUGUUUUGGUUUUUUUUUUAUCAUAUUUUGUAAAAAAAUAAAUUAAAUUAUAUUAUAUGGUGAAAAUAAUGAUAUCUUGAGAAAGACCAUUUAAUGGUCGAGAAAACUGUAUAUAAUAUGUGUGGGUACAGUAAAUGAGUAAGAGGAAAAUUACAGCUAAACACAAACACCGCAAAAACAGCCCUGGUCCUUAAUGAUAAGAAAAUUGAAAAUGGUCUGGUCACUAAGGGGUUUUAAAUUACAUAUUGAAACACAGCCUGAUGUUUUUUUUUCAGGAUGGCCACGUAGACGGUAUCUCCUCUAACCACUGCACUGCAGAGAACUUCCCUCCGGAUCCACUCUGAGUGAUUUUUAUUGUAAUAAACAUUGAAACGUUUUACAAGAUCAGCCGUGUGUGUGUGUAAAUAACAGUAGGCGCUCUUCUCCCACACACCUUAACAUUCUACAGUCCAUUCCUUGUCAUUCUCCCAUGUCUGACAGACAUAUACAUACAUCACCAGAUGCUUCCACCACUCUGAAAACUAGUUUUCCUUUAUUUUUCUUUGCAGGAGCUGACCACCAGAAGUAGAAACCUAGCUACAUCUGUACAAACUAAGAUGCUAGCACUGUGUACACAUGUGACACCAUGUUUAUAGAUUUAACUAUAUAUAGAUAAUCCCUAGUGUCCACCUGUCUGUCAUGCUCUCUUUCCUCCCUGUUCAUGUACACAUACAGCUAUAGAUAUUUUGUCUAAAUAUAGUAUCAGACUUAGCCUAGACAAUGCAGAUCUUUAGCUAUCAUACUUGGUACUUUUUUUUUGGAUUUAUGCUUCUCUGGUUCCACUAGAUGGCACACUUGACCUCUUAUCCCGGUUUUAAACAUGUUGCUAGUCAGGUAGCUCCAUAUGUUGGAGAGACCAAUCACCGUUCAAAAGACUGAUUCAGAUUGUAAAUUUGUGACAUCUAGGAACAUCUGCUAAACACCAUUAUACAUAUAGCACCCAACAUCAUAUGAUAAUUGUGCACAUUGUCACACAUCUAGUGUUUCUGACUUUUAACUCUAUGGCAUUAUGGAUUCGUGACCAUCCCCAGCUGCUGCAGGACUUAUUUGCUUUACUCCAGCCUGCUUUGGGUAAUGGUCCAAGAAGUUGUGUGUCUUAAAUCUGUGCAAGAAUGUAUAACUAGUGCUUGCAAUAACGGCAGUGUUUUUAUUUUAUACUGUUAUAAUGUGUAUUCAUCUUUUGACGACUGUAGGCUGCAAAAUGUAGGGAAAAUAGCUGGCCCCACAAUGUUGUCAGUUCUCCAUGAAUAACAGUUCAGUGGUCAAACCUUUAGAAGUGCACAAAGCAUGUUUUUCAGCACAUUGCUCUUGCUAUGACACUUGGAAUGAGAUUUUUGUAAAAUUCUUAUGCAUUUUUUAUUUUCAACUCUAUGCCUUGGGGUGGAGAAUAUUUUAAUAUGUGGAUAAUUUAGUGAAUAUCCACAGCAUGAGAAAAGGCAAACUGUCUGUAUUAUCAAAUUAGAUUUCUACCAUGCUGGCAUAAUAUUUGCUGCACGUGUUCUAGUUAUACGACAUGUCUGCAUAGAAUCUUAUCGUUCUACAAGAAAAAAAGAGUGAUGGCUAAAUGUGUUUUGUAGACUACAUUUCCUGUGACCCUUACUUUAUCUUUAGCUUAUUAUUAUGGAUCCUUCAGCCUACCGUAUAUACUCGUGUAUAAGUCGAUCUCAUGUAUAAGUCGAGUGCAGUUUUGUGACCAACAAUUGUGAAAUAUGCUAUGCCUCGUGGAUAAGUCGAGGGUAAAACUUGGGGCUAUGAAAUUCUGUGAUUUUUAUAAUUAUAUACACACACACUCAUACAAACAAACACUCUGCAUUAUAUAUACACACUCAUACAAACAAUCUGCAUUAUAUACACACGCUCAUACAAACACACACUCUGCAUUAUAUACACAUACUCUGUGUAUAUAAUGCAGAAUGGGUGUUUGUGUAGUGUGUGUGAACUAGGUGGGGGGAGGGCAUUUUUAUUAUUUUUAAUUUUUUUUAAAUUUUAAUAUUACUAUUUUUUUUAUUUUAAUUUUUUGUCCCCCCUCCCUGCUUGUUAAAUGGUCAGGGAGGGGGGGUAUCUUAAUCCCUGGUGGUCCAGGGGCAUGGGCUGUGAAGUGGGGGGGCCGGCAGGAAGCAUUUACUUACCUUUCCUGCAGCUCCUGUCAGCUCCCUUCUCCUCCGUUCCGGUCAGCUCCACUGUAAGUCUCGCGGUCUGGUUGCCGCGUGGAUUGUUGCCAUGGCUCUGACGGCCGCGGCUCUAUAAGUUGUCAUAAUACAGACAGUGACUCGAGUAUAAGUCGAGUGGGGGUUUUUAAGCACAAAAAAUGUGCUGAAAAACUAGACUUAUACUCGAGUAUAUACUGUAACUGAUAUGCACAAAUGAGAAGUGGUACCAAGUGUUGGAUAAUUAUAGGAGUUCCAUUUGCUGGUUUAACGGAUUGUAAUGAGUGAUUUUGAAGAUUAGAUUGUCUUUAAUUUUUGUCAAAGUUAGCACCUUUAUUAAAGUGCCUAUUUUUUUUUUUUUUCUUCUGUAAUAAAAUGUGUAAAGUUAGUUCUUGUGUUACCCUACCACUCAUCCAGUGCUUCCUUAAACAAUGAAGUUAAAACGGUUGUCCAACCAGCAUUUGUAUUUAUUUUGAGGGUGGUGUUUCUUCAUGUUUCCAUUUCUUUCCAGUGCUGGUGUUUUUUUUUUUUUUUUUUUGUUUUUUUAGUCCAUAAAAGUGGGAACACUUUGCAGGUGCCACACAGACUCCUGUAAAAGGCCCAUAGCAUCGAUAUCUAUUCUGAAAAUUGAGAUCCAGAAGUAUCCUACAGAUUUUUCAGAUCUCUUCCACUGCAAUGCUAUGUAGUUGCUGUGUUUAAAUUUCCUCUGGAAGCACAUCUUGUAAUUUUCUAGAUCAGAAGAGGAACAGAAUAACAGAGGUCUUAUCGAUCUACCCUUCCCAUACUUUGCUGUGCCAAAUAUAAAAGGAACACUCCAAGUGUAAUAUCCACUACAGCACACUUAUCUAAAGGGAUUGCAUGCUGUAGUGGUUAUGGUUCCUGGACUGCCCUGCCUUCCCAGUCUUCCCUCCCACCCACGCAAGUAGUAAAACUGUUUAGUGAUUGUGUGACUAACUGCCUAUGGCCCAGUGACUGCAUCCACUCACUCAAAUUCGAGGGUUGUAGCGUAUCCAGGACCACCUCAUUGGCUGAGAGUGUCAGCUGAUCACUCUCAACCGGUGCGCUUAGCCCUUACCCUGCUGCGCUAAGCCCAGAGCUGAGAGGAGGCUGCACUGGAGGUAGGGUGCCCAGCGGACACCAGGUAAGUAGUCUGUUUAGUAAUCGUGUGCCUUUUUACACUUGGCAGAAGGAGGCUACUCCUAGUACCAUAACAACUACACUGUGCUAUAAUAGUUGUGGUGCAUGGAGUGUUCCUUUAAUGUCAGGAUCAUCUGCAUUAUGUUGCAUGGUAACCACAAAAACUUAGUAUGUAAGUGUAUUUAGGUUUUUUUUCUUUGUGUUUUUUUAGCAGCUUGAUGCUUCUUGCCUGGCUUGUAAUUAGCAAAUGUAUCUCUGCAAGAAAGUGUUCCGGCAAUACUAUGCACUUACAGUACUGUAUAGAAGUCCCAUUACUAUCCUCUGUUGGUAUAUUAUACACACACAUACUUGGUUAGUGGCGCUUGCUGCGGUCACUGUCUGUUUGGGUUUCUCAGGCUCUGGUAAACGUUGCAGAUGCUUGUGGAUUUUUGCCUCUCUCCCUUGUAACCACUUGUGGUACGUGGUCAGAAGCUGCCUUUACCUCAGAACCAGCAGCUGGAAGUCCCAGGAGAGGAAAUAGGGGACAAAAUCGAGCAGAGGCCUACACAACCAAGGAACCUGUGAAUUGAUACAUUUCAUCUAUACAGGCACUUAUUUCCUUGCAUCUUAUCCAGUCUGGUUACAUGUUAAUUCUUGCCCCCAGGCUUUUCUUUCUAAUAUAAACAAGGCUCAAAGCUCUUUAAAAAUUUUUUAUAUAUAUAUAAUUACAUCUAUUUUAUAAAAGUAAGGCUUAAUUCAGUAUACAGUGAGUAGAUAAAAUGCAAAAAUUGGACAAAUUACUUUACUUGGCUGUUUCUGCCUAACAGGGUUAUGUGCUAGAGUUCAAAGGGGGCAAAGUCUUCCGGCUGUUGAGUCCAUUUGGACUGCAAAGUGAAUUUGAUCCAGAUUUAGGCUUCAAAUCCAGGCCAGGAUUUAAAAAAAAAAAAUAAUCGUAACUAUUUGCCAGCAAGCAGCCAGCGGUAAAUAGUUAAAGAGACACUGCGUGUGAGGCAGCAGGUUGGGGCAUAUCUACUAAACAUUUAAAUUGGCUGCAGGAGGGUGCCUUAAUAUUUAUGGGGGAGUGGGGAGCCUGUCCAUAACCCGCGGUGGAGACAUGGCUCCAGGCAGCACUGACAGCUGCCCCUCUCAGUGGCUGUCAGGAGGCUCUCUAAUUAGGCGAGUUAGGUGGCCACCUAAGGCCUCGCGGCUGCCUAACUCACCAUAGGGCAGGCAGACUGUGUUAAGUCUAAGGACCCGACACCAGAACGAGGCACGGCGGUUUGCCACCGUGUGCGAGACCCCUCCCAUCUUCCAUAAUGGGCAGAGAACCAGCACAGUCUGCAGCUCCGCCAGGUGUGAGCUGCAAACUGCAGUGUCACGCGAUCUCUGGCCAAUCAGAGCGUUGCCGCGGUUUACCACGGCAAUGCUCUGACUUCUGGAUAUCGCCAGACACUGCACAGUCUGCAGCUCACACCCGGCGGAGCUGCAGACUGUGCUGGCUCUCUGCCUCUCAGGGCAGAUUGGAGAGACGGACCACCAGGGAUCAAAGACACUGGACCACCAGGGAAAAAAAUAAAGAAACAUAGACAUAGAACAUAGAAACAUAGAAUGUGACGGCAGAUAAGAACCAUUCGGCCCAUCUAGUCUGCCCAAUUUUCUAAAUACUUUCAUUAGUCCCUAGCCUUAUCUUAUAGUUAGGAUAGCCUUAUGCCUAUCCCACGCAUGCUUAAACUCCUUUACUGUGUUAACCUCUACCACUUCAGCUGGAAGGCUAUUCCAUGCAUCCACUACCCUCUCAGUAAAGUAAUACUUCCUGAUAUUAUUUUUAAACCUUUGUCCCUCUAAUUUAAGACUAUGUCCUCUUGUUGUGGUAGUUUUUCUUCUUUUAAAUAUAGUCUCCUCCUUUACUGUGUUGAUUCCCUUUAUAUAUUUAAAUGUUUCUAUCAUAUCCCCCCUGUCUCGUCUUUCCUCCAAGCUAUACAUGUUAAGAUCCUUUAACCUUUCCUGGUAAGGUUUAUCCCGCAAUCCAUGAACCAGUUUAGUAGCCCUUCUCUGAACCCUCUCUAAGGUAUCAAUAUCCUUCUGAAGAUACGGUCUCCAGUACUGUGUACAAUACACCAAGUGAGGUCUCACCAGUGUUCUGUACAAUGGCAUGAGCACUUCCCUCUUUCUACUGCUAAUACCUCUCCCUAUACAACCAAGCAUUCUGCUAGCAUUUCCUGCUGCUCUAUUACAUUGUCUGCCUACCUUUAAGCCAUCAGAAAUAAUCACCCCUAAAUCCCUUUCCUCAUAUGUUGAGGUUAGGACUCUAUCAAAUAUUCUGUACUCUGCCCUUGGGUUUUUACGUCCAAGAUGCAUUAUCUUGCACUUAUCCACAUUAAAUGUCAGUUGCCACAAUUCUGACCAUUUUUCUAGUUUACCUAAAUCAUUUGCCAUUUGGCUUAUCCCUCCUGGAACAUCAACCCUGUUACAUAUCUUAGUAUCAUCAGCAAAAAGACAUACCUUACCAUCAAGACCUUCUGCAAUAUCACUAAUAAAAAUAUUAAAGAGAAUGGGUCCAAGUACAGAUCCCUGAGGUACCCCACUGGUGACAAGUCCAAGCUUCGAAUAUAUUCCAUUAACUACAACCCUCUGUUGCCUGUCACUCAGCCACUGCCUUACCCAUUCAACAAUAUUUGAAUCCAAACUUAAAGAUUGCAGUUUAUUGAUAAGCCUUCUAUGUGCAACAGUGUCAAAAGCCUUACUGAAAUCUAGGUAAGCAAUGUCUACUGCACCACCCUGAUCUAUAAUUUUAGUUAAGUGGCUGAGCAUUUUUAAAAUUACAAUCCCCUCCCUCACUGUCACCCCACCCUACUGUGUCAACUCCUUUCUUCCUCAGUCACUCUGCCACCUUUUACCCCCUCCCUCAGUCACUCUGCCACCACCUCCCUUACUGUGUCACCCAUCCCUUACUGUGUCACCCCUCGCUCAGUCAUUCUUUCCUCUGUCACCCCUCCCUUCCUCAGUCACUCUACCUGUCACCCUCUCCCUCACUCUGCCACCCCUCCCUCUGCCACCUUUCACUCCCUCACUGUGUCAACCCCUCUCUGUCACUUUGCCACCUGUCACCCCCUCCCUCCUUCAUCCACUAUACAUACCCACACACACUCACUCUCUGCAUCCACUAUACAGACACACUCUGCUACCUGUCACCCUCUCCCUCACUCUGCCACCCCUCCCUCUGCCACCUGUCACUCCCUCACUGUCAACCCCUCUCUGUCACUCUGCCACCUGUCACCCCCUCCCUCCUUCAUCCACUAUACAUACCCACACACACUCACUCUCUGCAUCCACUAUACAGACACACAAUGCAUUCACUACAAACACUGCAUGCAAUCCACAGACACUGCAUCCACUACACAAAUACACACUCUGCAUCCACUACACAGACACUGCAUUCACUACACACAAUGCAAAACAUUAUGGACAUUAGACCUCCCCAUAGGAAAGCAUUGAAAAAUGCUUUUAAUGCUUUCCUAUGGGGAUUUCAGCAACGCUGGGGGUCCUCACAUAGCGUGAGGACGUCUAGCGACGCUAUAGCACACUUUCUGUGUGCUAUAAACACGGAAGUGCCCUCUAGUGGCGGUCUAGUAGACAGCCACUAGAGGAGGAGUUAACCCUGCAAGGUAAAUAUUGCAGUUUAUGAAAACUGCAAUAAUUACACUUGCAAGGUUAAGGGUAGUGGGAGUUGGCACCCAGACCACUCCAAUGGGCAAAAGUAGUCUGGGUGCCUGGAGUUUCCCUUUAAAUUGACUUUAAAAGCAAGUACUAGUCUCUAAAUUUGAUGACAACAUACAGGGUAAAUAUAUGUAGUUUGGAGGGAUUCAAAUUCCACUUGUAUAUGAUUUUCAUUUUGUUUUUUUAAUUCUUUAUUUUUGUUGCGCAAAGAGUGAACAAAUUAAGCUUGCAUCGCCACAGCAGCGGGGCAAACAAUGCAGUUUCAUACAUGUGGUAACAGUGAUAUGGCAGUGAAGGUUCAUGCACAAAUUUUGUAUUUUUUACAAGUACUUCAAGCUAUACGGUUAAAGCUAAACUAGAUAACAUGUUGCGUGGAAAACAAUACUAGAUAAGAAUAUGACUAAGAGUAUACAGUUGUUAGAGAGAGUUACGUUAGAGUUAGGCAUAUCGGCAGGUUUGUUUUAUGAUUAGUAUAAGAGUUUUACCCCCCUCUGAUCCCCAGCAUUUGGGUGCAUGUGGGUUUGUGUUGAGGUCAGGCGUAUGUGGACGUGGAGUGUGCCCUUGUACAGUGUUAGGUCUACGGUGUUAUGUGUAGUGAAUCUUUAGAGUUGUGUGUGUGCUGGCUGCCGUGUGGCUGUCCCAGUGAUUAAUGAGUCUCUCAUUCUAUGCCCUUUGGGCUUGUGAUGGUCUCCCAGUGCAUUGGGAUGAGCUUUGCCCCCUGUGGGCCGGUAGUGCUGAGGUGAGCAGUUCCAUAUUGGGUAGUCGGUCUGGUUGGUGGGCCAUGCCCAGACACUUGUGGGUAAGUCUGUGAUCUGUGCGUUCGCGGGUCGUUGCAUUGCCGGUGUUGGUGGGCAGCCACUGCCGUUAGUCCCUUGGUGCGCCGCUUUCGUAUGCUGGCUCUGUGGGUUGCGCCGGUCCAGGGUCCUUGCUGGUUCUCAGCGCUUGGGUAAGGUAAUUUUCUGCACUUAACUACGGGUGCUCCAUUGGUUUUGGUUGCUCCCGGUCUUAGUGCAGCGCCAGACCCCUGCUGUCGGAGUGGGCCGUCCCGUGUGCCUGCUCGGCCUGGGGAUGGAGUGCCGUGGGGUUGGUACAUUCCACACUGGUUCAUCCUGAGGCAGACACUGUGGUGUGUUUCCCGGCGGGGGCUCCUGCUCUGUGGGCCAUGUGAGGGCCUCCAGCUUCUCCCAGAAGGAGCUGAAUAUGCUGCUUAGUAGUUUGCUUUCCAGACAAGGAGAGAGUGUUGCUCGAUCAUCGCAUGGUGUGGGGAUCGUGUGGGGGUGACCCGGGAUAACCCCUGCUGGUCCAGACGGGGGGGGGGGAACGUGGGCUCCAAGGCGAGGUAUCGUCUGUACUCAGCGACGGGAGAGCGGCCGUCUCUCUGGCUCCUGCCAUGCUGGUAGGCCUCACCAGGGUGGUCGGUUCGUACCGGGGCUGGUGUCAAUUAGCGGGUAUCAUAGUGUGCACCCCGGUAUCCCCUUUCGCCAGGAGGACUUUUGUCAUUAAUUUGACGCCUAUUAUUAAAUGAGAAAAGGUAGAGAGAGUGUGUCAGGUUGCUUAAAGAGAAUGGGGGGUAACCCCUAGUAAUUGAAGCAAAAAAAAAGAGAAAAAUACCAAAAGAAUCUAAAAAGUACACUUAUGGGUAUCUAGUAUAGUAUUACUAUAAAGCAACCCUUAUCCAGAUAAAACAUAACUUUGAAUAAUAUAUUAUAAAAGAGGCACAAUAGCCACAAUGUAAAGAAUAUAUAAAUAGUAUCUAAAGUUAGUAUUGACUAGGAGAAGGAGAAAGGAGGUUUAGUAUAAAUGUACAAUUUAAUACAGAAGUGUCACAAUGUCUAUUCGUGGCACAGAUACAUCAGGGACGGAAAGGGUUAAUGUGUGAACUGAACUUGAUAGCCCACUUUGCUUUCCGCUAUUAUCAUCCAAUCCCACAGUAAUAAUCACGAGCCCCCCAACUCUGUUGUACUCGUCUCCUAUCUAACUCUAGAUUACUAGUAAAACAUCUAAAUCACUUGUAAAGUAUAAAGAAAAACGUAUGUGAAGGGUGGAUGGUUCGGAGCUAAAUAAUAGUCACAGCUGCAGCAUCGUCCCUGUCUCUCUCCACCACCCUUCACACUAACUAGUCCCGACGCGCGUUUCGCCGAAAGUCGGCUCUUCCAGGGGAACCGAGCAAAGAAUAAACGGUCUUUUAAAUAUCCCGCCCUCUCCUGUAAUUGGCUACUAAUCUGGCCAAUUGGAAAAAAGGGGGGUGGAGCCUUAUCCUCCACGCCAGUUAACCCUAAAAAGGUCAAUAAGCUGGAUAGGAGGAAGGGUAGUUUAAGUAAAUACGUGUAAAUAACUUUGUUUAUGUAUUGAAAUAAUGUACUGAAUCAUUUAGGAAACAAUGAAAUGUUAAAGAUUAUAAUAACCACACAAAUCUCUUAAGAGGGAGCUGUCCAAAAUAAAAACGACAAUUCUAUAAGGGGUUAUUUAGUAUACCCUAUGAUUGUAGAUUAUGCUAGCUUUAGUGUACCUAUAAUCUUAAUUUUAUUAAUGACAGGAGGCGAGUAUUUGCUUAAGACUUUCUUUACUUAAGCUUCACAGCAGCACUUUUUUACUUAGUAACAAGGUAACCAAUCAGAAAAAAGGAUAACAAGGUAUAUAAGUCCCUCCCAGUGAUGUCAUUUCCUCUUUCUGGCUGCGAACAAAUAGGAACCGGAACUGUAGCAACCAGACGAGGGAUUCAGGAUGCCAGAUGAGAAGGAUGAUACUUGAGAGGGAAACUGGAACGUAACUUGAGUUCUUGAAGAGCAGAGAUGAAGCUUGCGGUGUAACAGCAACUAGACUUGACCUCUUAAGGGAGUUUUACGCUGAAACGAGAGAGCAGAGUCGAAACCAAGGAUUAAUCCGUGAAUUGGACUUUGAAAAUAUGAUAACCAGUUGAUAUGAAUCAUAUAUUAUAGCCUGAUAGAAAACGUUAAUCUAUACAUCUUAGAAUGUAAUUUCUAACCCCCAUGGUAGUAGUGCAUUGUGUGUUCCUUCUUGUCUUAGAAACUUACCUACAGGGGCGACCCUAGGGUGGGAAAAAACGAAGGUAAAAGUGGUGGGAAAUACUCGCCUCCUGUCAUUAAUAAAAUUAAGAUUAUAGGUACACUAAAGCUAGCAUAAUCUACAAUUUUAUAACAUGACAGGAGGCUUCGUAUUUGCUGUUUUAACGCUCCCCGAGAAGGGCCAAGGAAGCGUGCACAGCCGGACGAAAAUAGAAGUUGCGGAACGUCUGUUCUCGGGACCAGUCUGCGGAAUGAAGAAUGUCUCGAAGAGAGGCUCCAGCGCUGAAUGCCCCCGAUGCCGCCACUCCUCUGAUGAAGUGGACUCCGAAGGAGGUUUCAAUCCCGGCUAGGGAGAGCAACCACCUAACCCAUCGGGCAAGGGUUGUGGUUGACACUGGAUUAUGCGGUCGGACAUAUGAGACCAAUAGUUGGCUGGAGGAAGUAGGACGGAGAGAGGAGGUGAGUAAUAAAUAAUGAGAAAGAAGAGAUACCACACACAAUUUCGGGUGGUUCGGGAAGUAAGGGUAAAAUAUAGAAGAGGAGUUAGAUUUCGUCCGUCUGGACACGGAAAAGGUGACACCCUCUGGGGAAAAGUUGAUAGCGUCAUGGUCAAAUGCUCGAACAUCCGAUACUCGUCGGAAGGACACUAAGCAAAGUAACAGGGUGAAUUUUUGCUGAGAGUUGGCGGAGGGAUAGAUCCUCGUUGUUGGGCCAAGUCUCGAGGAAACGAAUCAUGACAUUGACGUCCCACAGAUGAGAGUAUUUCGGUUAGGGGGGCGAGCCAGUUUGAUGCCUCGCAAUAGUCUACAAACCAGCUGGUCCUGGCCCACUGGAACCCCGUCUAGAGGGACAUGGGCUGCAGAAAUGGCUGAACGGGAAACGUUGAUGGAUCUGUAGGAAAGGCCUAGAUCGAAUAGAUGAGAGAGGAAAUUCAAUAUGAACUGUCUAGGGGGCCGUAAGGGGAUCGGUAUUCCGUUCCAGGCACCAAUUGCACCAAGUGUUCCAGGAGGAAAGAUAGCAUCUUCUAGUACCAGGGGCCCACGAAUCCCAGAGGAGUUCCUUAGAUCUCUGUGAUAGUCCUCCGAAGUGCCAGGUUCCCCUGAAAGAGUCCAAGCUACUAGGUGGAGGUGGCCUUGUGCCAUCAUUGGAUGAGGGUUCCCUAGAGGGUCCUCCAGGAGGUUGGGCCAUGGAGGCAGAAGGAGAGGAUCUUGGCAGGAGAGGUCCAGAAGAUCCGGAAACCAUGUUUGGCCCCGCCAGAGCGGGGUGAGUAGUACCAGUGUGAUCUGUUGUCUGCGAAUCUGAAGGAGGGUUUUGGGAAUCAUUGCGAACGGAGGAAAGGCAUAGGCUCCCGUCGUCGGCCAACUCUGAAGGAAGGCAUCCACGGCCGAGCAUUCUGGGUCUGGAAGCCAGCUGAAAAACCGUGGAACUUGAAAAUUUGUCCGGGAGGCGAAUAGUUUUAGGAUAAACGGGCCCCUGAGUUUGGAGAUGUGGAGAAAGAUUGUUCUGUGUAGGCGCCAGUCGCUGCCGUCUCUCCAAUGUCGGGAGAAACAAUCCGCGGUAAUGUUCGUCUCCCCUGGGAGAUAUUCUGCCCGAAGUGUGAUGUUGCGUUGGAAGCAAAAUUCGUAAAUGUCUUUUGUCACUUCGGAAAGGGUGCGAGAUCUGGCUCCGCCCAAUUUGUUGAUGUAUUGGACAGCUGAGAUAUUGUCCAUCCGAAGGAGAAUACAGCAGUUUGAGAGAUGACUGGUCAAACUGCGAAUUGCGAACGAGCCUGCGAUUAACUCCAGACAAUUGAUGUGGAGAAAGUGUUCUGAGGUGGUCCAUGGUCCUCCAGUGGAGGUUGUAUGACAGGUUGCGCCCCAGCCCUGGAGGCUCGCAUCUGAUUCCACCACAAAGUCCGGGGUGGGACCGAAAAUUGCCUUGCCGUUCCAGGCCGACAUGUGGCGGAGCCACCAAGACAGUUCCUCUUUCACCUCCGUAGUGAUCGGGACCCUCUGGUCGUAUGAUGGAUGGGUCCGGAGGAAUUGAGCUUUCAAGCGUUGCAUGGCCCGGUAGUGAAGGGGACCUGGUUAGAUUGCCUGAAUGGAAGCAGAAAGGAGGCCGACGAUCCGAGCUAAUCCUCGAAGGGGUAAAUCCUCUUGACGAAGCGUUUUGCGUAGCUCCUUUCUGAUCGCAGUUAACUUGGACUGAGGUAGGCGAAGAACACAGGUUGAAGAGUCGAUCUCGAAGCCGAGAAAUUGAAUGACUCUGGAUGGGGACAGUGAUGAUUUCUCUUGGUUUAUGACAAACCCCAAGGAUUCGAUCAAUACAGAUGUAUAGUUCGUCUGUGAACGCAGUCUGGAUACGUCUUCGCAGAGAAGCAAGAGGUCGUCGAGGUAGAUUAAACAACGGAUGCCCCUUUCUCGAAGAUGUGCGGUGACUGGUUUGAGCAGUUUGGUGAAACACCACGGGGCGGAACUCAGGCCGAAUGGAAGACAGGUGAAUUGGAAAAUUCAGUGGUGCCAAAGAAAACGGAGGAAACGCCGACUGGAUGGGUGUACAGGUACCGAAAGGUAAGUGUCCUUGAGGUCGAGACGGGUGAACCAAUCGCCUGGUCGGAGAAUGUCUCUGAGGAGAUGGAUCCCUUCCAUUUUGAAAUGUCUGUAAAUAACGAAAGAGUUUAGUUGACGAAGGUUGAUUACUGGGCGAAAUUCCCCUGAUUUCUUCUUGACUAAGAAGAUGGAGCUGAGGAAACCUUUGUCGAGUGGAGCGAGUUGAAUCGCUCCUUUUGUUAAAAGAGAAUGUAGUUCUGAAUCUAGGCAAAGACUCUGAGACCUUGCCAUUUUUUGGAUAGUGAGGAUAACCUGUUUGAGAGGGGAGAGAAUGAAACUCUAUGGAAUAACCCUGAACGGUGUUUAGGACCCAGGUAUCUGAAGACAGUGUCUUCCACAUGUCUACACAGUGUGACAACCUGCCCGCAUGAUGAACAGUAGAAAGGUGAAAGGUAGGAGCCCUGCCACAAACCCGUAAGGGUUGAUAAUGAAAUACCCUUUUAAUGGAUGACUGCGCCUUGUUUAGUGUGGCGUAUAAGUUUACAUGUUUAUGUAGCUCUUUAAUAUAGGGUUCUCCAAACAAUAGACCCUGUGCUUUGGGGCCCGAUUCUUUUGUUCCCAAGUCAGCUAACUUGGCAUCUAUACGCAGCAGCACUGCUUUUCUACGCUCAGUACAGAGUGAUGUAUUAGCAUUGCCCAGCAGGCCAAUAGAGCGUAGAGCCCAUUCUCUGAUCACCGAUGGGUCUAGAGGGCCUUCAUUAGAUAAGGCUUCAUCAGCCAGUAGAAGAAUUUUUGCCAGAGGUCCUAGGAUAUCCAGCAUUUUGUCUUGGGUUAGACGUAGGCUGCGUUCCAUGCCCUUUUUUGGGUCACUGCCCGAUCUGGCCAGAUAUGUAUAGAGCAGCGUAUCAAACUCCGGGGUCACCGCGACCUUAUCCGGUAGAGUGGGUCUAGGACAUUCAGCUCGUAAUCGUUUGCGGACCUCCCGAUCUAGGGGUCUUCUGAUCCAAAAAUGAAUAUACUGGGAAAGAUGGUCUGGUAGUGACCAUUCAGAUGAUCGAGGAUAUCUAAUUUGUCUCGGGUCAAAAAGAGGUUGACCAAGCGUAUCCAGAAAGGAUUCAGCGUCCCCAGAUGGAAGUGAUCCGGGUAUCAUAACUUCGGUUGGGAGGUCUCCCGUAACAGAUUGAGGGAGAGGUGCUCCUUUAAAGGAUGUCUCGGGCCAGUCCUCCUCAUCUUCUGAGGAGUGGUCAGCUUGCCAUUCAUCUAGGAUGGCUAAUGGAUGUAAGUCGAAAGAGUCUUCCUCUUCUUCCGAUAGAGUAGGCUGGAUGGAGUGUUUCUCUCUAGCAUCCACCUGUUUGGGGCGUUUUGCCGGUUCUUUCCCCUUAUGUUUGAGGGGUUCAGGCCCAUUCCCUUUCCAAUAACGUUUAUGUGGUUUGGAAGGGUUUCUUUUUGUGGAAUCGGAAUCCUCCGCAUUUUCAUCAGAAGGCGGGGUUUCAGAAAUUUUAGGGUCUUUUGGCUCAAUGGGCAGCACCCGAGCCAGGGCCUUAUCUAGCGAAGCAGCAACGGCUGCAUUUAUAAUUGCUUGCAAGUUUUGAUCUUGAUUUGAAGCCCCCAUAGUAACAGUGUUGGUAUCUAUGGGGCAGAAUAGGCCAGUGUUAGAGUGUAGAUUAAGGCCGUCUCAAAUAUCACGGUAUGAUAUUAUUUCACAUUGCAAGCUGUAAUUGGGGGUCACCCAGUAUAAAUCACCUCAGGGAAUACUUUUCAAACCCGUAUAGAGGUAUAGUGGCACAGACAAAGCGGGCCAAUCAUGGGCUGUAUAUGAUAACAGCAAUCAUAAUUUAGUCUGAUGUGUUUAACCUUAUACACGUGCACAGUGUAGAUAUGAGUUGUAAAUAUAAGGUAUAUUUAGUGAUUAACGAUAAAUUAUAUAUGCAGUAUGAAUAAUCCUCCACUAGAGGGAAGUAGAGUGAGACGGAGAUGAAACUGCCUUUGGAAUUAAACUCCUUCCUCAGUAGAAAGGAGUAAGCAGAAAAAUAACUCUUUGUUAUAAUUAAAAUAAAUGAACAUGGAUUAAUGAAAUAAAUUAUGAAGGAGUAUAGAUAUAUGUUUAGAUAACGUAUUUAACCGCAAUAAUAAACAGUAAAAUGGCCGCCGCACGGCCAGAGUAGAUGGAGAUCGCGGCUCCAAGAAAAUGGCCGCCGCGAUCUCGCGCAUGCGCACGAGUGAGGAAGCCGUUUGGAUCCCGCGGAAGGGCGCGAGAUCCAAGAUGGCCGCCGUGCGCUCUGGGGACCGUUGGAGGCGUACUCCGCGGUCCCAAAAGCCCGGGAAAAACGGGGCAAAAAAUGCCGCUCGAAGAAACCGGGCUAAAGGAAGGUAGAAAAUAAUAAAAGUGACAGUAGUCAAAUAUAAAAGCAGAAAAAAGGAGAAAACAAUGAAAUACCAAAGUGUAGAUAAAGAUGUGGAAAAAAUAAUUUUAUCAGAAAUAGUAUAAAGAGAAAAAAUAUAUAUAUAUAUAUACUAUAAAGAAAUAUGAAAUAAAGAGAUGACAGAUAUGAUAAAUAAUAAACCACAGAAACCCACAGAAGUAGGAGACAGUGGCACUCUGACCUGUACUGGUGUGAAGCAGCAAAGAAAGAGGAAAUGACAUCACUGGGAGGGACUUAUAUACCUUGUUAUCCUUUUUUCUGAUUGGUUACCUUGUUACUAAGUAAAAAAGUGCUGCUGUGAAGCUUAAGUAAAGAAAGUCUUAAGCAAAUACGAAGCCUCCUGUCAUGUUAUAAAAUUGUUACUUCAGUUGGUAACAAUAACUCGUCCAAAGUGUUACUGUAUGUAAAUGGAGAUCUAAAUGGUUUAGACCUUAGUAAAUUAAGUCAAUGCCAACACAAAUACUUUCUUUUGGGAGGUCUUUUAGUAAACCUUAUAGAAGAAAAGGAUUUCUGACUAUAUACCAAUAUGGUAUAAUGGCAAUGCCUGGUUAAAGCAUUGUCCUCAAGAAAGACUAUGAUUUAAAGAUACAGCUACAUGUUUCUAAAUUGAAAAUGUAACCAUUACAAAAAGUCAAUUGGUCAUGAAAAUAACCAAUAAAAAAGAAAGCCAGAUAGGAGCUAAAGCGAUUAGUUGCCAUUGAAAGGAAAAUGAACAGAGAUAAGUUCACUCUGAAAUCAUCUCCAUGCUUCAAUCGGUUUUGGUUGAUUUUAGAAAAAAUAUAUAUAGAUAUAAUGCCAGUUACAAGAGGACCAUUGGUCAUGUAAAUAAACACCUCAACGUGUCAAAAGAGGUGGAGAGGAAAAAACAAAACAAAAACUAUUCUUUUGCCCUUCAGGAAUGAAUGAACGGAGUAAAAUUAAACUCUUCAUUCAGUCCUUUGGGGUAUAAUGUUUGGAAAGAAUAGAUCCAGCGAGACUCAGCUUUUCAUAGAGAAAUAUUAAUGUCGCCUUUACGGUGAUUCUGAAAUACUUUUUGAAUUACCUGAAAUUUAAGUACACUAGGUUUGGAAGCAUGGUUGAGUCGUACAGCUUAUUGACCUUUUUAGGGUUAACUGGCGUGGAGGAUAAGGCUCCUCCCCCCUUUCUCCAAUUGGCCAGAUUAGUAGCCAAUUAUAGGAGAGGGCGGGAUAUUUAAAAGACCGUUUAUUCUUUGCUCGGUUCCCCUGGAAGAGCCGACUUUCGGCGAAACGCGCGUCGGGACUAGUUAGUGUGAAGGGUGGAGGAGAGAGACAGGGACGAUGCUGCAGCUGUGACUAUUAUUUAGCUCCGAACCAUCCACCCCUUCACAUACAUUUUUCUUUAUACUUUACAAGUGAUUUAGAUUUUUACUAGUAAUCUAGAGUUAGAUAGGAGACGAGUACAACAGAGUUGGGGGGCUCGUGAUUAUUACAGUGGGAUUGGAUGAUAAUAGUGGAAAGCAAAGUAGGCUAUCAAGUUCAGUUCACACAUUAACCCUUUCCGUCCCUGAUGUAUCUGUGCCACGAAUAGACAUUGUGACACUUCUGUAUUAAAUUGUACAUUUAUACUAAACCUCCUUUCUCCUUCUCCUAGUUAAUACUAACUUUAGAUACCAUUUAUAUAUUCUUUACAUUGUGGCUAUUGUGCCUCUUUUAUAAUAUAUUAUUAAAAGUUAUGUUUUAUCUGGAUAAGGUUGCUUUAUAGUAAUACUAGAUACCCAUAGGUGUACUUUUUAGAUUCUUUGUACCCCCUGGGUUUUUUGGUAUUUUUCUCUUUUUUUUUUUUUUGCCUUAAUUUGACGCCUCGUCAGGGAUUUUUUCCUCGGAUUUAUCGCCCCCGUGUGCAGGAGCCGCUGAGGUGAGCGUCCUCUCGGCUCGCGGUUAGGCCACGCCCCCGAUUUUCAUGUGAUUUUUUUUUUAUGACUAAUAACAUACCUUUUGGUACACCCUGGACCAGUCUCUCUUGUUUUAACAUCUUAAUUUAUAAGAAUAGAUUUGAGUUGAUGAUAAAGCAAACAUGGGGCUGGAAUCUUAGUCUGUCUUCAGAUUUUAAUACAUGACAGUUGGCUUCAGAUUUUGCAUCUCUCUCUUUACUGCUCUACUGAAUAGCAGCAUAAGCAAACUAAUCAGCCUAUCAGAGAUGAAACAGAGAAAGGCAGACACCUCACAGUCACUUAUUUUGUUCAUUUAUCUUGUGUAACCUUUAGUUUGUUUUAUCUUACUUGUAUCUCCUGUUUGCUGCAUUCCCUGGUUGCCCAAGGUGCUUUUUGUCUUGCAGUUCUUUUCUUUCUUUCUUUAAUUUUUUUUUUUUUUUUUUGGCGUUUUAGAGGAGACUGCGAUCUUGCUUUAUGCAGGAAUGCGCUUGCAAUUUUGUUGGAGUCUGUACUGGAUUCAGUGCCGGACAAGAAUUUGGGAUGUUGAGAGACUUGACUGCCAUUUUAUUCCCCCCAUUGAUUCUGGCAUUAUUUUUCCUUUGAUUUUUGCCUUACAAUCUGAUGUGAAUGUGCUGCUCUGCUCUACUGUUAGGCUCUCUUCUGUCCGCAAGUAAGUCCUUUUUAGUAGGUGAGCCCCACCUAGAUCUAUCUGCCUGUUCAUAGGAUCUGUUUUAUCCAGAGCUGCGGGGCAGCCACACAUUCUGUGGCCCUGCUUCUAUUGAACCUGCCACCCUAUUAGUUGCCUGGUUUGUGGUUGAUCACCAUCUGCUUUUCCCUAUGCUGCCUCUCUGUUCACUCAGUUAUAUGUUUGACUGAAUAUAUAAUGAUGUCUUCCUAGUCCCAGUUUGUUGAAUUUCAGGUUAUGAUGAAUGAGACCUUGCUGCCUUCUAAAUGCUGCUUGCUGGAAGAGAUGUGUAUCUACAAUGGGCAAAGUCAUGAGGUCGUAGACUGACCAUACUCCUGAGCCACUGGAUGAUUUAUGCUACUCCGCUGCUGAAGAUGAUUCUUUCUCCUUGCAUAAGCAAAUCUGUUCUAGGGAGAUGAGGACCACUCUUCUGGCUCGAGCUUAGAUUUGCAAAGCAUCCGGGCAUGGGCCCAGCGCUAUAUUUGCUUAUUGUGAAACACUGUGACCCUCCUCCUCUGAGUGCCGCAAGGCAGAAUUGUUGUGGUUGGAUUCAAAACUAGGAAAUCUCAGGAACACAGAACUGGGCCCUGAAACACAAGGCCUGCUGUUUGUUCGAAAGAUGGAAAAAAAAAUUAUUCUCUUUUCACUUCUCUCGAUAAGGCCCAGUAUUCUAUCAAGAAAGUCUUUGAGUACUAGCCAAAGAGGUGCUUUUUCCAGGGCUGGCUAGCAGCAAGCCAGUUUUGCAAAACUUUCAUGGCCCCCAUUACUCAGGGAUCUACGGAUGCCUCUUACCAAGCCAGCUUAGGUUUCCAGAUACAAAGUAGGUUGUAGAAUGAAACUAAUUGGGUUGUGGUCGCCCUUUAUUUCUGGCAGGUAAGAGCUUCUCUUCCUAUUGCAGGGCGGCUGUUACUCCAGAUGUAUGAGUACCUUGUCAGGGUUGGCUAGCGGAUCCUUAAAUGAGAGACCGCAACCUAGUAAAGGCAAAGAGAGAGGGAUAGGAACAGGCUUAUUACAGGACCUUGAAGUGGCCAAGACUUUACGUAAAGCAGGAUCUAUUCUAGGAAGUAACCGGACUAAACUAAGAAACACUACAGACCAAGAGAGGAACAAAAAAUAAAACACAUACCAGACACUGGUCAGGAGCAAAAGAAAAGCAAUGUCAGAGACUGGUCCACAGGAUGGGAAGUCAUGCCAGGAACCGGUAUAAGAUAUCAGACAGAAGGCAAACAUACGUACUGGCAUUCACGUUUCAUAGCUGGUGAUAAUCAUCGAAGUCUGAUUGACAAUAGGAUUCAGACCCUUCAUGGAAAAGCUGCCAAAGAAUUGGCUUCCUAAGCAACAUAUUCCUCAUCAGAAAGAAGAUGGAAGAUUUCUUACCAAUCAUACAUCUUUCAGAUGUGAAUUCUUUUGUCACUUAUCAAUGCAUCAGUGCUGUCGGUAGGAUCUACAUUCAGAAUGGAGAGGUCAGGUUUGAAUGUUCACUUGAAUGUUCUUCACCCCAAUGCUUCACCAAGUUUUUGAAAACGUUCAGGAGCAUUUUCUAGGUCGAAGAAUAUAAUCUAUCUCUAUUAUAUUGUUAGAAUUUUCUCCUCGCUGAUUGUUUGGAGAAUUUGGGAUUCAUUAUCAAUCAUGAGAAGUCAGCCCUAAUUCCAAUUCAGUCCAUCCACAGUUGGUGGUUAUUGCAGAUGCAAGCAUGGAAUGGGUUUGUAAAACUUUAUCUUCUGAAUAACCCAUGCCCUGUUUUGAUUCCUAACGUCUGUAUGCAUUUUCUUUGUGUUUUCCUGCUUUUUAAAAAAAAAUUAUUUGACUUCAGUGAUCUACAUCCCAAAGCAGUUUUCCCAGAAUUAUGUAUUUCUGAAACACUGAUAAGUUGUGAUCAGAGUUCUAGAAAUUAGUAGGGAUGUGCAUGGUCAAAAAUGUUUCGGUUUGGAAAUUCGGGUAAGUAAAAAAAUUUGGCGGUUCGGCACUUCUGAAAUUCGUGACUUCGGCAAUUCGGAAAAUCUGUAGGGCUCCCUAACCCUACCCCUAACCACCACAACCACUUACACAUCUAAAGGGCUCCCAUUACUCGGACUGCGACCACAACCACAUCUUUAGGCCUCCCAGUGCCAGGAUUGCCACCAAAACCACUUACACAUCUAUUGGGCUCACAGUGCCAGGAAUUAGCUUAUUGGUCAAGAUUCCGGUCAUCAUUAAUUUAAUUUUCCCUCCCUCUCUUGUUUUGCCACUUUUCAGAAAUCCGAAGCAGUGCUGCACUUCCGAAAUUCGGCACUUCGGUUCGGUACUUCCGAAAUUAGGCAAUUCAGAAGCAUCAAAAUGUACGAAUUGCCCGAAAUUCGGCUGAAUUUACAUUCAGAACGAAACGAAUUGCACAUGUCUAGAAAUUUGACUUGUAGAGCUUUUUCUUACAUCAUUCUGCCUUUUCAUCUGUUCACAGGUAUAACGAAAACAGAACGUCAAGAGAGCAGGAGUUAUACUCUGUAUGGAGUGCUAAAGCCUGCCCAACCAGUUAAAAGGAGGUUCUAGAUUUGUAAUAAGAGCAUGGGCGUAGGAACCGGGGGAAAUCAUGCGGGGGGCACAGGUUAUGGGGAAAUCCCCCCCAGCUCCGCCGACCCCCCCAUGCUGCAGCCGCCCGAGUGCUCUGUAGAGAGCCUCAGGCGGCUGCAGCUUUGCCCGGGCAGUGCGACCAUGAGGGCGGACUGCACCGCCCGGGCGCAGCCUGAGGAGAGGGGCUGACAGGAGGGAAGCGCUCAGCGCUCCCUCCUGUCACUCCCUCUCUGUAGCGUGUCCGAGCCCAGUAUAGUCCGCGGGUACAGGGAGCAUCUGUCUCCUGGACCCGGCCGGACUAACAGGAAGCACUGACGAGGGAGGGGGGGGGGAGGAGAGAGUGACGAGGGAGGGGGAGGAGAGAGUGACGAGGGAGGGGAGGGAGAGAGUGGGAGGAGAGAGUGGGAGGGGGGAGGAGAGAGUGACGUUUGUGAUGAUUCUUUUUUCCUCUCUAUAUUCAAGGGACACUAUAGUCACCAGAACCACAACAGCUAAACAUAGUAGUUCUGUUGUCUAUAGCAUGUCUUUGCAGGCUUUUUAACCCCUUAAGGACGGAGCCAAAUGUACACGUUGUGAACGAAACAAAAUGUAAACAAAACCUGGCAUUUGCGCUACAUGUCUGUCCAACCGUAAUUCACCUCUUUCAUAUUAAAUGCACCCACCCUUAUUAUAUAUCAUUUUAUUCAGGGAAACAGGGCUUUCAUUUAAUAUCAAAUAUUUAGCUAUGAAACAUAAUUUAAUAUGAAAAAAAUGGGAGAAAAUAAGAUUUUUUAAAAAUUUUUUUAGUUCUACAUGACAUUUUAACGGUCAAUGUCAUAAUACUGUUUGCUUUUACUGCAAUAAAAUACACAUAUUUGUAUUCAGCAAAGUCUCACGUGUAAAACAGUACCCCCUAUGUACAGGUUUUAUGGCGUUUUGGGAAGUAACAGGGUCAAAUAUAGCACGUUACAUUUGAAAUUGAAAUUCGCCAGAUUGGUUAUGUUGCCUUUGAGACUGUAUAGUAGCCCGGGAAUGAAAUUUACACCCAUAAUGGCAUACCAUUUGCAAUAGUAGACAACCCAAGGUAUUGCAAAUGGGGUAUGUCCAGUCUUUUUUAGUAGCCAUUUGGUCACAAACACUGGUUUUUUUUAACUAAUAUUUUAUUUUUUUUACAGGAGAGGGGGCAGAAACAGUGUCAGCCAGUGAUUUCACAUCACUGGCUGACACGCAGGAUCAGUGAUCACAGUGACUGCCUGUCACUGUGAUCACCUCCUGCAGAUUGGGUAAUUGGCCACAGGGGGGAGUGCCUGGGUGGUACAAGCACUCCCCCCUUCCAAUCUGCAGGGGGAUCUGUGUGCCAGUUACAUGUGUCAGCCAAUAGGCUGACACAUGUAACACUGAUCGCAGUGACAGGCUGUCACUGCGAUCAGAGCGCUCUGAGAUCGCAGUGACAGCCUGUCACUGCGAUCUCAGAGUUAGCAGAUCGCGGUCACUGACCCCAGGGGGACUGCCUGGGGGGCCAGGUAAGUCCCCCGACCGCGAUCUGCACAGGGUAGCCGCUGGCCACGUGUGUCAGCCGAUUUGAAAUCGGCUGACACACGUUAAAAAACUGAUCGCAGUGACAGCCUGUCACUGCGAUCAGUGACUGCAGAUCGCGGUCACCGGCCACAGGGGGGGUUGCCUGGGGGGCCGGGCAUCCCCCCCGACCGCGAUCUGCAGCGGGCGACUAGCGCCGGCCACAUGGGCGGCCAUUAAAGUGAGGGCGUACUAUUACGCCCGCCGGCGUUUAGAGCCGGCUCCUGCAGGGCGUAAUAGUACGCCCUCCGUCCUUAAGGGGUUAAUGUAAGCACAGCCAUUUCGUAAAAAGGCAGUAUUUACAUUACUGAUGAGGAAUACCUCCAGUGGACACUCAGAUGGCCACUAGAGGUGCUUCCUAGUCAAAACAUGAAUGCCGCCCUAUGAAGUAACUGCGCAUGUGCACCAGAGAGCAAUGACGCUUCUGAAUAGAAGCGUUUUAUUGCUCCCUGCUCGCACUCUCCUAUUUCGUUAUUUUGACGAAAUAGGGGACGCAGCAUCAGGAGGAUCCCGGCACUGUAUCCAGGUAAGUAAAAUCCCUUCCCUGUAGUGACCCUUUAAAGUUAUUAUUUAAUCAUUUAUAUAGUAACUGCAAAUUCCGUAGCGCUGUGCAAUGGGAUAAACUCAUAGUUUACAGAAUAAGAAUAUACCCGGCGAGUAAAAAUGCUAUCCCCCCAGAUAUUUUUGGGUUCCUACGCCCAUGAAUAAGAGUGUAGGAUGCCUAUAUAAAUCAUUUACUUGUAAAGAGUCCUUGAACAGAAGAUGUUUAAUAUAGUAAGUAUAUUAAGUCGUUCCUCUUUCUCCUGCAAUAUAUGGAUUUUCUUCAAAAAAAAAAUCAAUGAAGAAAACAUUGAACUUAAGCCACAAAUUAUACAAACUUUCAGUACAGACUGCAGUACCAAUGUGCCCGUUAAAAACAAAAGACAGUAGUGGAUUUUGGGAUCCAAUCAGACAUUCCUAUCAAUAUAAUCAUAACAUACAUGAUAGCUAAUAUAAAUCCCAGAGAAAGACCAAUUGUUAAGCCACAAGGAGAACUAGAUGACACUGUGUUGCACAAAUUAUAGAAUCGUUAAUGUCAUCUGUGAAUUCACAAUCAUGGUGUCACGAUUGGCACUGUGCCAUUCAGACAACCAGGCGUGGCUCUAAGGGUAUUUAAGCUGUGUAAUAAUCCUUCUGUCUUGCCUCUAAACCACACUUCAGCUCAUGUUUCAGCAUUGCCUUGCCUCCAGCACUAGGGGGCUGGACUUUACCUGUGACUGCUCCUGUCACUAUAAGAUCCCCUGACGCAAAUAGGUAAUUGGUCAGGUAUAAAAUACUGCCUCUCUCUGAAGGCAGUGUCAGUUCAUUGACUCUGGUUCACCUGUUUGGUUCCUGUUAUUGCUAUCCUGAUCCUGUGUUCUCCAGAUUGAUUCCGGCUUCCGAACUUGGCUUAUUUCUUUGUUUACUCUGGCUUCCUCUGACUUGGGUUUUCUUAGACUACCUUUCUGCUUGUCCUUGCCUGUAUUGCGACUUGGAGCACUAUUCCUGCACAGACUCACAGCCCAGGUGGCUUCUUACAUGGUCACCUUGGUCUGUGUUUAUUUGCAGGGGUGAGCGUAUAACUCUGUAUGUCGGACUCCACACCAGGUAAGAUCCUGACACAUGGUAAGAGUUCUAGUGUACAAAAGGAAAAACAGCUGACGUGGUAGAGGACAUGCCAGGUAGGGUUACACUGAGGCCUAUUUUAGCAUCCACUGGUGCAAAGUAUUGACUAGUGGCAACUAAUAGUUAUGAGGAAAAAAAACUAAUUAGCUACUGAAGCCCAUCUCAAAGAGUAAAUUGUUUUUUUUUUUUUUUUUUUUUAGCCUGCCACUCACUCUCUGAACCCAGUCAUAAAGAGUAGCCUUUUGGGGGCGUGGCUAACUGCCGAACCGAGCGGUCACAUGGAGUGAGAGCUCCGUGCUUUGGAUGACUUCCAAGCUCACUACUCGCAUCACACACAGCCCUCCAGCGACUGCCAAGCCUGGGAUCUUAACCCCUAAGAUGGCCCCAGCUAAACAAACAAAAUUAACGGACCAAAUCCGGCCCGCGAGAAAGGACCGUGUGCGGCCUACACAAGAUGGCGACGACGAGCAGGCCUGCUCACAACCUGCUGAGAGCUCACCAAAUCCCGAAGGGGACUCCAGCCCACACACAGACGCCCCGGUAACGGAGAAACGGCUGUUUCUUAUGCUGCAGGACUUUCGAGUCACACUGCAAUCUGACCUCAAGAGGGCGACCAGUGAGAUCAAGAGGGAGAUCUCUGACCUGGGAGAACGUACUAACCAGCUAGAAGCACGCACAGACGACAUGUGCACUGAACAGAAUACGUUGGCGAACACAGUACAGCACUUAAUGGAGGAACAAGCCCAGCUCAAACGUAAGCUAGCUGAUUUAGAAGACCGGUCCCGCAGGAACAAUGUUAGGUUCCGCGGAAUACCGGAACGUGUGGGCACAGAAGAACUCCCAGCAUAUCUCAAAAGACUUUGCACAACUCUGCAACCCGAUAUAGCAGAAGGAGCAUGGCUCCUGGAUAGAGCCCAUCGGCUCCCACGUCCACCGAGGUUGGCACAGGAUACACCUUGCGACGUAGUUGCCAGAUUUCACUAUUUCACCUCUAAGAACGCCCUACUAACAGCGUCCCGCAAACUUGACAAGCUACCUGAACCAUACACUACCCUCAGUAUAUAUGCGGACCUGUCGGCCUCAACAAUGGCCAGAAGAAGGGAAUUCAUUACGGUGACGAAGACGCUGCGAAACAACAACAUUCCGUAUAGAUGGGGAUACCCGACGAAAGUACUCGUAUGGAAGAAUGGCAAAAACCACGUGGUAAAUGAACCGGAGGUGGGCAUGCGCCUCAUAAGUGAAUGGGGACUGUUUACAGCACAAGCGACGGUAGCGCCCGCUACUGCAACGCCGCCACGACAGCUGGGAGAAUGGCGGAUGGCGGGAUCGCCGACCAAAGCAUAAAGGACUGUACUCCUAGGACUCUCCCCCUUGCCGGAAAGCUGAGUGGGGGACAUGGUGUCACCCAACCCACGUAACUAUAUGAUAUGCGAUCCAAUACCCACACAUGGGGAAAAUGUAUAUAAUCCAAUUGAUAUUUGGGCCGCGUGUUGUAACUGUCUAGACAUAACGAUGGCGUGGGGAGGGAUCCUGGGAGUGUUGUUCCACUGCUUAAUGCUGAAAUGUUAUAUUGAUAUGCUACUGUACUGUACAUGUGAAAAUAGUGAGGAGUGCCAUGAGAGGGCUGUGUCACCACCAUUAGCAUGUAAGUCAUCCACACCCCGUACCCACGGAUGAGCGUCGGCAUCAGCACGAGGUGCUGGCCUACGUCUCACCCGGACAAGGCGCCGAUCGAAAUGAGGGCGCUGUGUAAAUACUUUAGUUCUGUUAAGAAAUGGUUGUUUAUGUUCUCCCCAAUUUUACCCCUUAUUUUUCCUACCAUGUCCCCCCCGAGCCGAGCUAUGCCACCAUCCAGCCAAGCACCCUUCUCAACUCUUAGCAUGCCACUACCCAUACCAAAUGGAUAACACACUAAAAAUUCUCUCCAUGAACGUUAAGGGUCUCAACAGCCCUCACAAACGCAGGCUGGCAGCCCAAGAAAUGACCAAAACCAAGGCGGCGAUAGUAUGUCUACAAGAGACUCACUUUUGUAAGCGCAAACCACCAAGCUUUAGGGUCAAACAAUUCCCUCAGGCCUACCAUGCCAUGGCUACCACAAAAUCCAAAGGGGUUUCACUUUACUUUCACAGGGACUGGGUUUUUACGCUCACCAAACAAUACAUUAGUAAAGACGGCAGGCUACUCAUACUGGUGGGCUCCCUCAAUGGUCUCCAGAUGACGAUUGCCUCUCUGUACGCCCCAAACGAGACACAGAAGGAGUUUCUAACUAAGGCAUUUCGUAAACUAGACCAAUACCAGUCAGGGCAUACUAUUAUCUGUGGAGACUUCAACUGCACCCCUGACCCAUACGUUGACACACAGAGGGCCCAAAACAGGCCCCCAAAACAACCAUCAUUGUCUAUGGGCCGACACUUAGCGAAUCUAAGGCCCAUAGACAAUGGCCUCUCGAACUAUUACUAUAUCAAAUUUAUGGACCAAUUAGCCCCUCACCUCUUACGACUGUUCAACAAUAUCAAACAAUCUGGUGACAUGCCCCGAGAAAUGCUAGAAGCUUUUAUUGUAACUUUGCUAAAACCUAACAAACCCCCCACACACUGCGCCAACCUGAGACCAAUCUCACUCCUUAACUCGGACACUAAAUUAUAUGCCAAAAUGUUGGCUACGAGGGUCAAGGCACUUUUUCCCACGCUCAUCUCUGCUGAACAAGCAGGGUUUGUGCCAGGCAGACAGGUGGAGGAUAACACCCGCCACUUCCUAAAUCUUAUUGACUGGGCAAAUCACUCCUCUCAGCAAGGCCUGGUGCUGGCGUUGGACGCAGAAAAGGCGUUCGACCGCUUGCACUGGGGUUAUAUGACACGUACUUUGACUAAAAUGGGCCUUCCACAGAACUUUAUCAAUAGCAUCCUGGCCCUAUACCAAUGCCCGUCGGCAAGGGUUUUUAGCACCGGCUUUCUGUCAGCGCCCUUCACCAUACGUAAUGGCACACGCCAGGCCUGCCCACUAUCGACACUCAUCUUCAUCUUAUGCCUCGAACCCUUAACACGAAUCAUAAAAGAUAGCACAAUGAUCCAAGGCCUGUCAACCCCGGGCGGCAUACAGAAGUUGGCUUUAUUUGCCGACGACAUACUCAUGUUCAUAACACCCCGACAGCUCCGUUCCCGCUCUGCUAGAUCUUCUCAAAGAGUACGGAGAAGUGUCAUUCUAUAAGAACAACACCGCUAAGACACAAGCGUUACCGAUAAAUCUGCCACACCAAACACUAGCGCACCUAACACUCAAGUACACCUUCGACUGGCGCACAUCGUCCCUCACAUAUCUAGGGAUCAAACUGACAAAAACCCACCAAGCCAUACCAAAAGAAAACCACCUCCCCGUAAUACACAAAUUGAGAGCGACUCUGGAGAAAUGGGAGAACCUAGAGAUCUCCUGGUUGGGUCGAGUAAAUACAAUUAAAAUGAUGGCUCUACCCCAUAUCUUGUAUCUCUUCCGCACGAUCCCAAUAGCACUCCCUAACAAACUGAUCAAAUUAAUGCAAUCGGUUAUCAAUGCACACGUCUGGAAACGGAAGCCCCCGAGAGUAGCCCAGCGCAACCUUGGCUUCCCCUUCACCAAAGGAGGCCUGGGUCUGCCGGAUAUCAAAACUUACUACAGAGCCACGUCUUUAGCACAGAGUGUACACAUUCUGAGACUUAAGGACAGCUCCCAAAAGCCUCUGUGGCUACCACUGGAAGAUACCUACCUACACCCACACAAUACGUCCCGCAUACUAUGGACCAAUGCCCCCGCUAAACCUGAUGGGGCUUAUUUAUCACAAUGCUCCCGCUUCCUGGUGAGCUCGUGGCGGGCGUGGAGCCACCUGAUCGUGGACCCGCACCUGCUCUUCAGAGAAGUGCCGCUAGAGGCCAUGUCUAUCUUUUCCCCUGACCUACCCACAGCGAGCUGGAAAGCCAAGGGCAUACAUAGAGUAAAGGACCUAUUAGAGGGAGACAAAAUCCAAACAUUCCCUGAUCUCCAGCGAAAAUUCUUCCUCCCCCAAAGGGACAUGUUCCUCUAUCUUAGAACAAAAAACAUUUUACUGCCCCAAGCGAGCAGAACAAAUGAUAUGCCCAAAGACCUACCUCUACUACCCGCUCAGAUUCUCUCUACUAAACUAGGGAAACCCCUGUCCAUGUGCUACAAUGCCCUCCUGGAAGGUCAACUAGGUGAAGCAAGAUCAUAUAUGACACAAUGGGAAGGUGAGCUAGACAAACAACUAACAUUGGCGCAAUGGUAUGAGGCGAUGACAAUCACAAACGGUGCUUCCAAGAGCAUCUCGCUAUGGGAGGCAUACUGCAAAAUAGCCAUGAGAUGGUAGUUAGUACCGCACAAAUUAGCGCGCAUUUACAGGGGUUCCUCCGGGCUAUGCUGGCGCUGUGAGGGGGAUGAGGGUACCAUGCUGCACAUGUUUUGGACAUGUCAGGCAUUAGGUUCAUUCUGGAAAAAGAUACAAAGCCUUAUCGAGAACACUACCGGCCUUCUAAUCCAGCUGAGACCAGAACACUAUCUGCUACAUAUGAUACCCGGGCUCUCAUUGCACCCCCACAAAACAGUACUAAUAAACAUACUCACAGUAGCAAAAAUUCUCUUGGCCCAAAACUGGAAGAGCAAAGCGGUACCCACUAUAGUGGCUCUCACAGAGAGACUGGACGUCAUAAGCUCUUAUGAACGUAUGGCCAGCAGAGUCCAGGGCAAGGGGACUAGAUAUGACAGAGAGUGGGCAAGCUGGAACUCUAAGCCUUAAGCCCAGUACCUAGUACAAUACCCCGUGCAUCAGGUCAUACCAACCACAAACCGGACCGCCCAACUGUUAAUAUAGUACCCAAAGACAGGCUAAGAAUGGUUAGAGACUGCUAAAUAGUAGGUGUGAGCACUGGGUAGCAAGGCUGGGGACUCUGUCUCCACUCCAAGUUAUCCCUUCCCCCCCCCCCUUCUGUUCCUGUUCCCCCCAAAUACUGCCAAUGCAUUACCGACUGUACACAACCCGAACCUCGGUAGGAGGCCGAACCAGUUCAGGAGCAAAUAACUACUCUAUAUCUGCUUGGAAUGUGUGUAUAAUAACAGUUUCAUGAUGUAUAAAAAGUAACAAAUGUAAGACCGCAAGGUCCGCACUGCGUUGUCAUGAAAACCUAGUGUACACAAAACUGAAUGUAAUGUAUGCCUGUUCAUGUUGUUGGCAAAAUAAAGACUAUAUAUGAAAAAGAAAAAAAAAAGAGUAGCCUUUUGCAUUGCUCUGAUUUAGGGCUGUUAGUGGGGAAACCACUCCUUGUUGGUUACAGAAUACCAUAGAUCCUCAUUCCAGUAGAACCUCUACAUUUGUUCAUUUUUAAAGGCAUAUUCCAAGCACCAUAACCACUACAACUUGCCCCCACUACCAGUGUAAGAAGUCAAACUAAUUUUAAAAUGGUUUGACUUAUUACCUGGAUGCUAUAGAGAGAUGGAAACAUCUAAGCAGGCUCAGCUCUCCGGAGCUUAAACCCUGGAGUGAGAUCAGCUGAUCGCUACUUGCCAAUGAGUUUACUCUUUCACUGCUGGGCUUGGCUCAGACAGAGAGCUCCAUGCUCUUCAUCAGACGUAGUGAAAAUAGGGGGAAGUGCUUGACAGACUCCAGGUAAGAACUAAAUAUAUUCUAAAAUGUUUGUUUUUACAUGGGGGUAAGGGGCAGCACCCCUACCACUGUAUUUACUACAAUGCACUGUAGUGGUUAUGAUGCUUGGAAUGUUAGUUUAGUAACCCCUUGCAAGCCCCACUCACCCCCCUUUACUGACACAUAAAAGUAACCAUUUAGGUUUCAAGUUAUGGGCAUCUGCUCAAGUUUUGUAUGUUUUUCUUGGAGUACUUGUGGGUCAACCUACCAAUAGUGAUGUCGCGAACCGUUCAUGGCGAACUCCGGUCAGCUGACACAUCCCUGCCAAUCUCCGGCAGACCCUCCCUCCCAGAUCCUCCUACUUCCUGGACAGCAUCCAUGUUGAAGGCAGCUUCAACAUGGAUGCUGUCCAGGAGGUGGGAGGGUCUGGGAGGGAGGGUCUGCCGGAGAUUGGCAGGGAUGUGUCAGCUGACCGGAGUUCGCGGCGAACCGUUCGCGGCAAGUUCGCGACAUCACUACCUACCAACCUGUCUUAGUAAAUUAUUUUUGACACUUUUAUAUUCAUGUGAUGCCUGUCAUUCUAGAGUCAGACAUUGCGCAUGCACACACUAGUGCAAUACAAACACAUUCUACAUCACCAAUUGACUCCAAACUCACUCUACCUGUUUCAUCUUGGGAAUGGGGAGUUUCUUGUGAUGUGUACACUCAGCCUAUAAAGCCCCAUAAUACUCCUCCUUUUCAAAUAAUUUUUAUUAAGGUUUUAACAUUUUUGUAUAACAAGUAGUAAUAAUACAAACAUUGUAUUAGGGGUAGGAAAGGAAGGGGAACUUGGAAAUGGGAAGGGGUAUCCAUCCAUUAUUGAAACAGGCAUAACAAUGUAUAUGACAAAUUUUGUACAUCAAUGCACUUUAACAAUAAAUAUAUCAAAGACCAUAAGCUUUUGAUUUUUUUUUUUCCCUUUAUAUUUUAAUAUUGGGGAAACCAUGCAUAUUAGCUCUAUGCGAUAAUUUGUGUGCCUUGUUUUCUAGAAUCAAAUUGAAAACUUCUUUGAGAGAUGGCACAUUUUGGGACUUCCAAUGUCUAGGUAAACAGGAUGUAGCAGCGAUCAGAAUGUGGCCUAUGAUUAUUUUAUCUGGUCUAUUAAUGGACUUGAGUUUUUUUGGUUUUUUUUUUAAAUAAGGCUAGUUCUGAAGUUAAAAUGCUAAUGGUUCUGUCCACUUUAAUAAUUAGAUCAUGAAUCAUUUUCCAAUAUUUAGUUAAUUUAGGGCAGAACCACCAGAUAUGGGCCAUAUUGCCCACACCCCCACAGUCUCUCCAACACCGGUCAGAAUACAUAUUGAUCAUGUUGUGCAAUCUAGAUGGAACCAGGUACCAGCGAUAUAAAAUUUUAUAAUUAUUUUCAAAAUGGUCGGUGCAAUACGAUAUACCUUUUUAAAGCUUUAAAAAAAAACGAACCAUUCUUCUAGGUCGUACUGGGCACCCAACUCCGUCUCCCAUGACAACAUAUGUUUUAAUUUAACAAAGUGUUUGGCAUUAGAAAACGAAUAACAUAAGGAUAUCAUAUCUUUACUAGCGGGGCUGUAUAAAAAAAAAAAAAAAAACUCUCUAAUGGAGAUAUCUCAAGUGAUUUAUAGUUUUUAUCUGUUUCAGAUACCUGGUAUAAUUCUUUCAAUUUGUCAAUGAUUAGCAUACAUUCCAGUUCACAUACAUUUGUUAAUCCAUACUUAAGCUUCAAUUUUUCGAAAGAAAGAAUAGCAUUGCCAUAAAAAAAAAAAAUAUUCAGAUUAGUAAUAGAGCAAUCCUUCAACAAUUCUAUUUUUAAGGAUGGUAUAUAACCUUUGAAUAACUCAGUAGGCAUUGCUCUAUAUAAACUGGGAGAAUGGUCAUUUUUAAAAAUAAUGUCCCAGGCCUUGAGCGUAGUCUUGGUAGAUAAAAAUAAUUUUGUAAUUCCAGGUCUUUUCUUAGGGUUUACCCAAGGUAAUUCUGACAAUCUAACCGGUAAAAUUGUCGAUUCUUCUAUUUCCAUCCAUCUGGGUUUAUUAACCUGGUUAUUAAAUCUCACAGCCACUGCAGCAUUAGUGGCGAAAUAAUAUUUGUGGAUAUCGUGGACACCGAUACCGCCAUUCGAUUUAUGGUGCUGCAGGGAAGUGAGCCUUACUCAGGCAGGUUUGUUCCCCCAGACGAACUUCAGCAUUGUCAAGUGAACUUUAUUAAAAAAUGAUAAUGGGAUGGACAGAGGAAUGGUCCUAAAAAAUAUAUAAAAUUUUUGGAAGUAUUGCCAUUUUAAUAGAUGCUACCCACCCCAGCCAUGAGAGCUCCAUCUCUCCAUCUCCUUUUGUAAGUCCGACCAUGCUUUCCUCAAAUUGUGAUUGUGCAUAUUGACCAAAUUUUUGCAUAAAUUUUUUUCAAUUUGACAAUUUUUAUUUUCCUUUUUUCUUCAAUGCAAACUUGGGAUACAGAAUAAAGAGAGGGAGGGGGGAGGAACAUCACAUAUCAUAUUCUCGAGUUACAUGCCAUCCAACUUUACAUGAUACAUUUUGCACUGUUCCACUAGGGCAUAAUUAUCCAUUGUCUGCAUUCUCCUCACUCACUAGCCCUUAUUCUAGGACCUGCACCUGUCUUCCUCUGCUAGACUGCUUAGCCUUGGCCACUCCUUAGUGUCACCCCUGUACUAGAUGGAUGCAUACUCUCGUUUCGGAUUACUGUUCCUAAAUGGGGAAGAAACCAGCUGGAAGAGGGGAUGGGGUAGGGGGGUGGGGGGAGGGAUUCGUCCUCUGUUUGUGAUUUAAACUCUCGAUUCACCCAUUUGUCCAGUGAUUCCCAUCUAUCUCCUUUCUUCCCCAAGGGGUCCCUUCCUCUGGAUUUCCCUUAGUCGCAUGGGGUCUCUUACUGUUGACCUUGUACGGGUGUGUUGGCAUAGUAGAGGGAUUUUAUAUAGUCGGGAUAUUCUCUUACCCCUUGUGACACUAGGGUCAGACUCUAUUCCUGAUCUCCCCGGACAUGUUUACUUCUUCCCACCUAUUUUUCGCUUCCUUAAACCUGUGUGCGUUGCCUAGAUUUUUCCUGGACACUAGUUCAUAUUGUAGGUUGAUGGUAAUCUGCCUUUUCAGGGCUUGUUUCGUCGGUGCGGAGUCUGUCUUCCAUUCUCUGGCUAUUAGCGUUAGUGCCGCUAUUAUGGUGUGGAAAACUAAAAUUGCCUCGCUUCCCCGGAAUCUGGACAUAUUCAUGAACAAUAGGCCUGUUUCUGGGGUGAGUGUAGUACUAAUAUCUAUUGUCUCAUUUAGCAUGUUUUCUACCAUCCCCCAAUAGGGUUGUAGUACCUCACAAGACCACCAUAUGUGGUACAUCGUACCUUCUGAAACCCCACAUCUCCAGCACUUGGCUGAUGUUCCUGGGUAGAUUUUAGCCAGUCACACCGGCACCAUGUACCACCUGUAGUGUAUCUUUCGCAUUAACUCUAGGUGUGAUGCGCAUGAUGUCUUUCCUUUAUGUGCUGUGGUCGCGUUUCUCCAUUGAGUUGCAUCAAAAUGUUUCCCCAGGUCUUCCUGCCAGGCUUCACUGAAUCUGUCUAAAUGUACUGGGUCGCCUAGGUUUAGUAGUGAGUAGCACUUGGAAAUCGUUCCCCUCUUUAGCUUUGUGUUUAGGCAGAUUCUUUCAAACUCCGUGAGCGAGUUUUUCCCCUCUCCUGUGGUUGUUUGUGCCCCCAGCAUAGAUUUCAACUGAAGGUAAGGGAAUAUCAAUUUGGAGGAGAGGUUGAAUUUUUCCUGUAUGUCUGGGAACGGUAGCACCUUUUGUGCCUCUAGGAGGUCCCUCACAUGUGUGCAUCCUCUCUUAGUCCAUUCCCUAUAGUCAAAUGUGUUGUUCGCUACAUGGAGGCAGGUCAAUGGUGUUGCUGGUGACCACGGUGUCAUAGAGGUCAACGUCUGAUGUGUUUUGUCCCAAGUCGUCAGUAAUAUCUUUGUGGUGGGUAAGAUAUGAGGUUGGUUGGGGCGCAUUAGUUUAGGUACCCACAACAAUCUGCGGAGGUCUGUCCCUUGAAGCCAGUGGUCUUCGAUUUCCAGCCAUUGUGGAAUAGGGGCUGGUAGUUGUAUCCCUAACACUGGGGCUAGUAAUGUUGCCUGAUAAUAAAGUUUAAUGUUUGGUAGGGCUAGACCCCCUUGGUGGGUCGGUCUAUGUAGGUAUUUGGCUGCUAUCCUCACUCGUUUGUGUGCCCAUACGAACUUCGUGAGCAUUGACUGUGUUUUGUUUAAGUAGGAGGCUGGAAGAGCUAUUUGCAGCGUUCUAAAUAGGUACUGUAGUUUAGGGAGGAUAGACAUUUUAAAAGCUGCCAUCCUCCCCACCCAGGAGAGGUAUUUGUCUUUCCAUGAGACCAAACUAGCUUCCAUCUCUUUUUGUAGGGCUUCGUAAUUGGCCUUGAACAGUCCCCCUAUUGUCUUUGUUAACUUAAUUCCCAGGAAGGAAACGCUUUCCGUCCUCCAGUCCAUCACAAACUUCCCCUGCAACUCCUGUAGUGUGCUCUCAGGUAUCCCAAUUCCCAUGGCCUGUGUUUUUGACAAGUUCAGUUUGUAGUACGAACUGUCCCCAUAUUCCUUUAUCGCCGUCAGUAGGUGUGGCAUUGAAAUCAGCGGCUGUGUUAAGGUCAGGAGCACGUCGUCCACAAACAUAUUGGCUUUGUAUUCCUUGUCCCCUAUGCGUACUCCAUGUAUGGAACUCUGGUUCCUAAUCUUUGAUGCUAAUGGCUCUAAAGCCAGAACAUACAGCAGAGGGGACAGGGGGCAUCCCUGCCUCGUACCAUUCGAGAUGCUAAACGGGUUGGAUAGGAAGCCCGAGUUGAGCACCUGUGCCCUCGGGGCGCUAUAUAACGCUUUGACUGCCGCCCUGAAUUCUCCUGGCACUCCGAAUUUUGUCAUGACCGCCUCUAGAAAUGUCCAGUGCAGGCGGUCGAAUGCCUUUUCGGCGUCUAGGGAGAUGAUAACCCCUCCCCCUUUGUAUAGUCUGGGUAAGCUAUGUAGUAUGUUUAAUACCUUGCAUGUGUUAUCUGCUCCCUGUCUCCCUGACACAAACCCUACCUGGUCUGUAUGGAUUAUUUGGGGGAGAAGAGCGCUCAGUCUCAUCGCGAAUAGCUUGGCAAAGAUUUUCGCAUCCGUGUUGAGCAGGGAGAUGGGCCUAAAAUUUUGGGGGAUGGUGGGUGACUUCCCUGGUUUUUGUAACGUAAUGAUAUGGGCCAGUAGUGAGUCUUGCGGUAGUUUCUGGUGGCUGUCGCCUCCGUGAAAGCGUGCACUAGGUGAGGUAUCAGUGUUUGACUAUUUUUUUUAUAGUAGGUGUUAUCUAGUCCGUCUGGGCCUGGGGCUUUGCCUUUUGGUAGGUUUUUUAUGACGGUCUGGAUUUCGUCCCCUGUGAUGGGUUUAAUGAGAUCUGUCGCUUGUUGGGUCGUGAGUUUCGGGAGGUCCACCGUAUCUAGGUACGCAUUUAUGUGUUCCGUCGUGGGCUGAAAUGUGGUGUCAUGUUUGUGUACGUUGUACAGGUCUGCGUAGUAGCUGGCAAAUUCGUUGCAGAUGUCUGAAUAACUUUCUUCUCACCUGUACGGGACAUAAGAAAAGCGAUUUUUUUUUUUUGGGUUCGCCCUACGUUCUUGCAAUCUCCUUGCCCGUAGUCUACUAGCUUUGUUCCCCUGUGUGUAGUGUGUCAUUUUCAAUCUCUGGAGCCUGUAUCCUGUCUGUUCUAUCGCCUUUUGGUGUAAUUUGUGAGUAAUGGUGGAAAUUUGUAGUUUAAGCUCCGUAGAUGGGGAGAUUUGGUUGCGUGUGUUUAGUUGGUACAAUUCCCUCUGCCAUUCCGCGGUCUGGGCUGAGGAUUUUUUAUGUAGGUAUGCCGCCCUUCUAAUAAAGAUACCCCUCUUUCAUAAAUGUCAAGUCGUUCAGCAAGGAGGCAUUCAGCCGCCACGGACUUCGGUGCUUAUAGUCAUAUUGGUCCUUCACCGACAGCGUGAUCGGCGCAUGGUCUGACCAAGUAAUCUGCCCUAUGUCACAGUCUGUGAUUUGGUUGAGUCCUUGUCCCUGUAUGAGAAACCCGUCUAUCCUUGAGUAUGUAUUAUGUACAUGGGAGAAAUGGGUAUACGCCCGCUCCGAGGUGUGGGAUAUUCUCCAGGUAUCAUAGUAAUGGUGUAGUGAGAGGAGCUUCUGUAGCUUUUUACACUGUCUGUGGAGUAUUUUAUACCUUGGACUGUGCCUUGAAAUAUUUGUGUCUAGUUUUGGGUCCCAGACAUGGUUAAAGUCUCCACAAAUAAUGGACACCCCUUCCCGCAUCGAUUCUAGUUUCUGUAGUAUUUGUCGUAGGAACGUGCCUUGCAGUGUAUUGGGUGAGUAUAGAUUAGUAAUUGUAUAUGUCAUGUUAAUGGUGCAUUUCAAGAUUACGUAUCUACCAUUGGUGUCAGUCUCCGUGGAAAGCAUUGUAAAUGCCACCCGCUUAGAGAUCAGUAUAGAUGUCCCUUUGGACUUCGUGGGGGACGUUGCGUGGUAUUGGUGUGGGUAGUCAGUAACUGUUGGCUGGAUAAAAUUGUCAGUUCUGUAAUGAGUCUCUUGGAGACAGAUGACGUCCACAUCCGUCUCCCUGAGUUCUCUAUAUAGUUGGUGUCUCUUAACCGGUAGAUUUAACCCUCGUACAUUCAGAGAAAAAAUUUUCAUGGAGGUCUAUACCCAACGGAUUUGGUAAGGGUUGCAGUAUUGUGUAAGAGUGAGUACGGGGGGUUCGCUCGCCCCAGCAGCAUCGAGUCGAGCGACCUUCCCCUGGUUGAGGGUUGGGUUCGGGCAUAUCUCCCUUGCUGAGUGAAAGGUGGUGAUGCUAUCAUGGGUACCCUUGUAGGAAUUAGGAGCCGGUGAGCUUGGCCAGUAAUGUGGAUUCCCUGUAGGUACCGGAUAGAGGGUGUGGAUCGCCUGGUCCCAGCUAGACCGGGGUGGGACGGGGAACAAAGUGAUAACUGGGAAAACAUAUAAAACAGGUGUAUAACAGAUUGGUGUGCCAUUCUCGGCUUAGGUACUCUCGGUACCUGUGGAGGCUGAAGUGUUAGCUUCCUUCCUGGGGGGGGGGUAGUCUCCGUUGCAACCCACUCUAUGGCUCACUAAGUUUUUUUUUUUUUUUUUGGCUUGUAGCCGGGUAAUAAUGCCCUUUGUAGGGAGCAACUAAGAAUUGUGCAGUUUAUACCUGUACAAACAUAUAUUGAACUGUGGCAAAACAUUAGACAUGGCUAAUACGAUACCCCUGGUUUACUCCAUGGUCUAUUUAUCAGGACCAGUCUCUCAAUAGUCACUGUGGAAGAGCUUGCAGGAAUGUCAUAGUUGCGGUGAUGACUUUCAUGUCGGUCUCUUGGAGUUUCUCCAGUCUUUGGAGGUUUCGCGGGUCCUCUGUGGGCUGUGUUGUUGGCUUGGUCUGGGGAGUCCCCAUCUUUGGAGUAGUAGUGCUCCUUCUUCCGGCGUGUUGAUAGCUGACACUUUCCCUCCUCUGGACACCAGUAUUUUCACUGGGUAACCCCAGCGGUAUGGCAGCUUGUGGAGCCGGAGCUGUUCUGUGACUCCUCUGAAUUCUCUCCUACGUUUCAACGUGAAUGUCGAUAUGUCUGCAAAUAGUAGCAGCCCGCCAUAUGGGUCUGGGAGCGUUUUCUUCUGGCGGCUUGCCUGAAGCACUAAUUCUUUCACAUGGUAGUAGUGCAUUUUGAUAAGAGUGUCUCUUGGGGUGUCCCGAGGGAGAAAGCUGGGCUUGGCGGUCCGGUGGAACCUGUCCAUGAGCAGCAUAUCAUGCG